UGGCUGUGUGAGUGGGUAAUCUCAUUUGGAGAGAGCGUCCUCAUAGAGAGAGGAGACGUGUUUAGCUCAGACUAGUCUCUUUCUGGGGGAUCACUUCAUGUUGACAGCAUUUAAUCAGAGCUGAAAUAUCUGCUAUCAUAAUCAGAGAGAAAUAGUACUCCUAGUCUUUAGCUAAUUUGGACAGAUAUUCUGUUGGUGAAUCCGACAUUAUCAGCUCUCUGUAGAAUGAAUAAGUGGUAGCUCUCCGUCCAGCGUUUCCAUGCAACAGCGCAGGCGGCUGUGAAGCCACUGAGCACUGAGGAAUAGAUGCUGUUGCAGAGAGCGCCUGCACUGUAGAUCAGUUUUAGGGUCUUUGAAGGACCUUGUGCGCCCUUUCACAAACCAAUGGAGCGUCAAGACGAUGGAGUGGAACCGGUGGGGAGCUUAACGCAGCACGAUAGAGCAACAGAGCCCGGUAAGAGCUCUCUAAUCCCUCACAUUUGCAAGAGAAAAAUGUGUUUUGGUUCGUGCGUGCUCGUUAGGAUGUAGUCUUAACAUAACGCUCGAUACGCGCGUCAUUCUGGAGUACCUGUGCCAGGUUUUCCUUAAUAACCCCUGAAUAUGUGAGAUGGAUUGGAUUUGACGCACAUGGGCGCACUGUGUGACAGUACCAGGCGCGUCUUUGAUGGGAGCAUUUGAGCAGAGUGCCUGGAGAAUUCGAGCCUUUUACAUGGCCAUGUUGAUAGGUUUGUUUUGGACGUGUUUUUAAAAUGUUUAUAUGUAACAUAUCUGUAGAUAUGCAAACCCACCUUUCUGGAGACCGUUCAUCUGGUAAAGUAACUGUGUGUUUUACUCACAUGGCCAAGUGAGAGUUAUUGGGAGAUGAUACACAGAGAAAUGAGAGGAGUAGGUGGAGUUUCAGUUUUGCAUGUGUUUAAGUAAAGCUUUUAUUUUAGUGUCUAAGUGAUUCAGCCCUGGUCCGUGGUGUAAAACUCUCUUAUUGCAACAACUGAGUAAAAUUUUUGCAAAAAUUUAAUUAAAUGUUCUUUAAGCUGCCUAUAGGAGGCAGUAAACCAUGAUAAAAACGUUCAGAACCAGAAUCAGGUUGUUGCAAAGUUUAGUUCAUCCUGGUUCAGGUACUAAGUAGGAAACAAAGAUACAGAAAAAGUUGAGGUCUGUUCUGCCUCUACAUAAACAUAUAUGAAACACACUUGUUUAAAUAUGAAAUGGUGUUAUAAAGAAUAUUGUUAUUAUUUACUUUCAAAAUAAAUUGUACGAACUGUACAGCUUGUGUAGGUAUGUGAGAGAUAAUACCCAGAGUGUGCAUGCACCAUUUUUCCUGUGUGUGAUACCCACAAUGACUGAAUUUUUGCUCUUGGUGAGAUAUGAAGCUGGUACUGAGAUGGACUGGACAUAGAUCUGGUGGAAUACCAGUGUAGGUGUCCAGCAGCAUGGAACAGUGCCACCAGACAGGGGUUUUCUGUGGUUUUCUACCUCCAUGUUGAGCUCUGAAAACCACUGACUUGUUGAUUUUGUUUACAAUGGCUGUUUGUAUGUAAAGUUGAGAGAAAAUAUGAUCUGAUGUUAACACAGAAGGUUUAAUUUUGAAAAUGAACUGGGUGUCUUAAUUUUGUUUUGGCUUCCAUCUUCCCUUCUUUCUCUUCCCUUCACCCUUGCUCUGCGCUGAUUGAUGCAUUGUGCUCCAGCCUCUGGUAAAAACAGAAACUGUGUGUAGCAGAAAAUAAGGCAGUAGAAGCAAAUACAUUGACUAAAGUGAAAACCUGAGAUGGACUUAAGAUGGAUCUGGUGGAAUUUCCACCUGGUAACUGGUAGAGAGCAGUUGUUUGUAGCCGGAGCAUAAUCUCUUUUCCUGUUCCAGCUUAGAAGAACUUCAUUGAUAUUACUUCAUGGAAAUGCAAUCAGACCGAGACGCUAAGACAGAAGAACUACCGCGUCUGCAGAGCAAAAUGAUUAUUAUGAUGAUUAUUACUUCAUAGAAGUGAUUUGCUGCACUCGAUUGCACGCGAUUGACUCAUCAGGGCUCCCCCCCAAACAAGUGGCUGCUGGAGGAGAGUGGGUGAGUUGUGUUUAGUCUCUUUGCUAAAGAAACCAGGUAAAGCUAAAAAGAUGUUUGGUGGCUAGUACUAUGGCUGGGACCCUAUAUGUGCUGUUGAUGAAGUUAGGUGCUGUUCUGAGCAUUAUUUGUGUUUGCACAUGGAGACAUAGACUGAUAUAUAUUGUUAUCCUGUAGUCUUUGCUGAAGUCGGUAUAACUAGAGAAGCAAGCAGUCGGCAACAUUCAUCUCUCAAGGGGGUGUCUAACUUUGUGUUACGGUGUGUUUGACCAUAACCUAAACAUACACCAGAAUAUCCCUUUGACCAGCUUGAUAGAAACUAGUUGUAAUGACAGGAAUCAUGUUUGAGAGUCACUUAUUUGAUGUGAAUUUUAAUUUCAUUGUAAGGCAUAUGUUCCAUCUAUUGACACAAGGGAGGUGGGAUAUAUGACCUGAACUGCUAAUAGUCAGUAGGGGGAGCUCCACGGGAAAUAAAGGGGAAAAAAGACACUUUCGCAUAUUUGACUGACAACUGGCUGACUCUGCACUUUUGUUUAGAAAACAUGUCACGAGUGGCAAUCAUGACUAGGGAUAAGAAUCAAAAACUGAUGAGAGGCAGUUCCCACUUGUUUUGGCCAUCAACAACAUCUGCCUGUCUGCUUAACGGUUCCUUUGUCGCUGGCUUAGGCUCUCCUCACACGAGGACAGCCCCGUGUUGUCUUGGUGUUGGCACCAAAACAUGUAUCGCAGUUUACACAUCGUAUUGUACAAAGGCUUAGUGCAUUGAUAUGACAACACAAAAUCCACGCAAAACCGGGUUCCGGUUGCCCGUCUGGUUCUGCUCUGAGGUGGAUUCCACAACAAGUUGUGCAAGUUAUGCGUGUCUGCAUGAGCAGUUGUUGCUGUAGCUGGUGUUGUUGCUGUUCUAAAUGUUGGUAUAAAAGUCGUAGUUGCUGGAACAAGAACAAAAUCACCCCAGCUACCGUCAUUGUUGUUGUUGCUGUGUGUGUGACAACACGGGCUGGGGGGCGGGGAGGAGGAGGGGUGCUAUGAGGUCACCGCCUUUUCCGGACUUAUCUAUUUAUACCAACUACGGCAUGAAGACGAAUAACUACAUAUCCACCUGCAGACCCGUCAUGGACAAAUACGCGUCUCUGUGUGUCAAUAUCACCAGAUCAAUAGUUUAUUUUACCGGUGUCUUACAAAUUCGUACUUGUAUAAAGACCACCUUAGUUCUGCGUGUCUUGAUAAAAGAACAACAUCACGACUCACGAGAAGCUUUCAGCGUUAACACAGAGGAGUUGAGGAGGUGGUCAUGGAGGAAAAGAGUGGACUGAAGUGGUCCAAAGUCUGGCUUAAAUUUUUGCAAAUUGACUCUAAUAGCUGGAAGUGCAACAUCUGUCGCUGUGAUUUCAAGUAAGAGUGGAAAUACCAGCAACAUGCUUAACAUUUGUUUGACGUCAGACCUAAAUGUGAAAGAGUUCUGUGCAAAAAUGUUCUUAUUUGGUCCAUUCAGGUGAUAGCGGUCCUGGACCGACUUCUGUAAGCCCGGGGAGAUCCAGGAUUCCCCCAAAGAGGGCAGAUAUGCGUAGUUCUGCAUUUUUUUUUUAGUAAAUCUGCAAAGCAGUUGGUCGUUUUGGUCUGUGUGUGAAGAGACAUGUAACAAAAUUUGUGUUGUAAACACAGAAAUACAUAUAAGCCUACUUUUUCCACAGAGGAGUCAAGAAGGAAAUUGAAAAAAAAAUCAGAUCAGUGAGCUGGAAGUUGGAUGGAGGGGAAACAGCCUGAGGAGCGUUGAGGGACUUCACAAGGACUGGACUGCUGCAGUCAAGAGCCACAACGCACAGAUGGAUCCAGGACAUGGACUUCAACUGUGACAGUCCUUGUGUAAAGCCACUCUUGAACCAGAGACACCCUUGAGUCUGAGGCGUCUUAACUUAGGACUAAAAGAACUGGACUGUUGCUCAGUGGUCCAAAGUCCUUUUUUAAGAUUGAAGUAAAUCCAGGUCCCACAGUCUGGAGAAAGAGAGGAGAGGCUCAGAGUCUAAGUUGCUUGAGGUCCGAUGUCCCAUUUCCCCAGUCAGUGGUGGUUUGGGGAGCCAUGUCCUCUGUUGGUGUUGUUCCCCAUGUUGAUCGGGUCAAAGGUCAGUGCAGCUGUCUACUGGGAAGCUUUAGAACACUGAAUACUUCCCUCUGCUGACCAGCUUUGCAGAGAUGCAGAUUUCAUUACCCAGCAGGACUUGGCACCUGCCCACACUGCCAAAAGUACCAACACCUGGUUUAAGAACCAUGUUAUCCCUGUGAUUGAAUGUAGGGCUGUAAUCAACCAAAAAAGUUCUUGGUCGACUAAAACUCUGAAAUUUUUUAACAAAAAUCAAUUAAUUGGGGGGAGGGGUUACCGACUCUGAUGGCAAACCCUUCUGCAGCAGGGGACGAUGCGGCUUGGUAGAGCAUGGCUUGUCGGGGGGAAAAUAUACUGAUAUCAAGUCAAGAAUGCUAUUAAACACAAAAAGGCAAGUUGAAACGCUCAAAUAAAAAUAAAUAUUCAGCAAACCACCAGGCGUUAAUUAACUUGGACGCUCUUCAAUCUUCCCGUCUCCAGCUGGUCUCCAGUGGGUUGGACAUAUCCAAAUUGGUGAAAACUAAGGGGGUGUUCUGAGAUAGGCUGUUACCUGUGAAACAGGGGUGCUCUGAAAACAUCCCAUGAGCACUUAGUGCACUCCUCCUGAUGAAAUUAACCAUAGACUGUAAACCGACGUGGAAAAAAAUCCAGUCAACCAAUCAGAAUUUUGGUCAACUCAGCACGUAUCGACCAAUAAGUCGACUAGAACUUUAUAGCCCUAAUUGAUUGACCAACAAACUCCAGAGAACCAACAUGGAAAGCUUUGUUCCUUACACUGAAACAAUUUUAAAUUUUGCUCGGUCACUCUUACCAGAGAGGUGCCAUAGGGUUGAUUGUUUAUUGGAUUUGUAUAAAGCAACCCACAAAUCACAAAUAGAAGUUUGAUCCAUUGGGAAUUAUUGUUUGUAAGUUAACCAUCACCAUAAAAAAAAACAUCUUUGAAUGGUAAAGACCUCAGAGCUGGCUCGAGCAGUUAUAGCUAGUGUGUCUCUGGUUUUUACUUGUUGAAGUCGGCUGCUUGUUGUCAGCAAAAUUCAACACACACAAAAAAUUGUAGAAAAGUUUUUACUAACAACCUUGCAAACGCCAAAGAAAAUCAUUCUCUUGUCAAACCCUGCCAUUCAACCGAUCAUUACUUGGGUGUUUUCUUCCCUGAGGAAAUUCUGACCUGACACCCAAUUUGUAACACCAUAAAUACUCAGCAGAGGCCUGAGGCUUUGUCAUUAAAGUAUUAAUUCAUCCUAUAAAAGAUAUUCAACACACCAAAACAGAACCAGUUUUCAGCCGAGGAUCUAUCUUGUUUUGCAGCUGUGUUUUGAAGUGGAAGAAAUGGUAAUGUUUUGGUGUUGGUAACAACUAUAGAGAAAAUCGUCAGUGUCUCCCCUCUAACUUUCUUGUGCCCUCAUUGAUUUGACUCACCCGCUCUAAACUCUUCAAAUGUCACUCAGGUGAUUUCUUACUGUCCUCCUAUUGAAGGAAACAGACUCUGAAACUCUGGGCAGCUCCUCUUUCUCUCUCUGCGGUGGUAGAAGAAACCACCACUUAUUGUUGUUACCGGUGCGUGUGAUUGAUAUGCUCAAUCUGGCUAUGCAAGCUGUGUACACACACACACACACACACACACACACACACACACACACACACACACACACACACACACACACACACACACACACACACACAGAAAUCGUCAUCACUGCCAGCAGAUGCUAUUACAUCCUAUUAGAGCUUUAAUUCUUCAUGAAUCUUAAGCAUUAGCCGACCGUUUAAAGACAGGCUGGGCAGGUGUCCUGAGGUUAUAUCCUGGAAACAUUUGAGUGUAUUUUAAAGUUGCAGCAGGGACUGAGAUUCCUGGGAAUCAAACAUUAUUGAAGCAACAGACAAGUUUUUCAGUGUUUUGCAUAGAGAAUAGGUAUGUGCCGAUCUGAAAAAUUUGAUAUCACGAUAUUGGUGGCCCAAAAUAUCACGUUUCACGAUAUUAUCGUGAUAUUAGCGCAUUGCUUGUAACGUUUUUAAAAAUGGAAAAAACUGUGAAAUCACGUCUCUGUGCACAGCAUGACACGCACAAACAAUAUGAGCAAGAGGCAGCUAACGCGACAUUGGGAGCAUUAGCUUUUUGGAGCUAAAGUUAGCAGAAACGUCACAACCGUUGUCAAUAAUAAGCAGUAGAGUAGACCAAACUUGUUGCGGUCAUGUUGUUUUUACCUUGAUUUGGGUGAACGAUGCUGGUUUGAAGGUUUGAAGUGUUAGACAACAGCGCUGCAACUUCCUUAUGGCAUAACCUGCAGAUUGGUGUCAGGUUUACCUGCUCCGUCUGUUUUGGGAAGCGGUAAAAUGUCCAUACUGCCGACGAAGCCUUUUUAAUAGGAGGAUACAGCCGAGGCGUUGCGUCAUUCUCAGUCUCUGACUGCGCUUGGUCCAGUGUAAUGCCAUAGAAUGCACCCCUGCCGUUGAAUGCACCCCUGACAGGAGCACGGUUGAAAGUACAUAAAAAGGCGAAAUAAUCCAAGUUUUCCUCACCAUUGGGUGGAUUCACAAGUGUGUGCCUUUAAUUAUUUCAUUCAGACUAUUCAGAUAAGCUGAAAACAAUAGCCCUCUGAUUGAGAAUAUUUGCUGUCCCGAAAAUAUAAUGUUCUCUACCUUGACAGCUUACUAUACAGUUUAUGUACCCGAGUACACCUCUAUAUGUGCAUUUUUGGGACACAUAAAAACAGAACGAAAGUUUGCUGCUCCAUUUGACAUGUUGUCAUGAUUCAAUAUUCGUGUUUUUAAAAUAUCAGAUCACAUCUCCUCCACUUUAAGAAGCUAAUGAGCGGAUGCGAUGCAUUGUGGACACGCUCCAACAGAGCUUUGGGUGGCCGCAAUGCAUUGUGGGUGGUCACGCAUUUUGUUGUAAAAUUUCUUAAUUUUCUCUUUUAAUGUUCACGUUUUUGUUAGGCUGGCAUUAAUGUACUUGAUUCGAGAGUUUUUUUUAUUUGGGACUACUUUUGUGGUGGUUUGUUACAUUUUGCUACCGAGUCUUUGACACCGUGGGUAAGACUACAAGCAGGUAAGCUUAGUAAGUACUCGGCUUCGCUCAUCUACGCUGAGUGACGCUUCCACUCGUCUUUAAAUUGUGAUCGUGGAACGAUUAUUACAGCACCUUACGAUUUCAUCAUCACGGCCAUUUCAUAUCGCAAUUAAAUCGUAUAUCGGCACAUCCCUAGUAGAGAGAUGUCCUAAAUGAAUGUGUGUGUGUGUUUUCUGUCUGCUCGACAUGGCUUUCACAUUAGAGAUGCUGAUUAUUGCAUGAUGAAAGAUGAGUCUCUACAGAUCCUCAUGAUGCAAACACACUGACUUUGCAUAUUAAAGUGGUUGUAUGAUGACAGCCUUGUUGUGUGUAGAAAACCAAAUUUCAGACAGAUUGUACCAAUCCUGAAGGUAAAUGUUGAUUUACAGUGGAAACAUCUCAUGUUAUGAAAGUAAACCCAAGUCCCAUGCUGGGUGCCGCCUGUCUAGGCUCACUGCCAAAACGUUUGGCAGAUGAUAUCAAGCCUUGGGCAGGGUUGUGCUGCUUUCAAAUACCUGUAACUACACAUAAUACACCACCAAAUUUAUCUUUUUUAUAUAAUUGUACUUACCUUAAUUCAUUUGUAGUGUGACUACAGAUUUUAUGAAAAGUGGAGGACCUUCGUGGGUGUAUAAAGACGCUUUCUUCGCCCUAUCAUGUGCUUUAUUAAUGCAAUGAAAGAUGCAAAAAACGACAACAUAAGCACUGUGGUAUAUGACUCACUGAGGUGAAUCCUGGUUUGGAUGAGCUAUAUGGGCAUGAAAGCUGAUAUAGUGUGCAAACAUAAACCUGCCACGCCAGACAAGUUACUUCAAGUUCACCUCAGGUAUUUCAGCUGGCAAACACUGAACAAGUCUGAUCUGUUCCCUCAUGCUACACUUGAAACACCAUCCUGUCUGAGCCAGUAUUACACAGCUUUGGUGUUAGUCACAGCUGAGGGGUUAGGGGUUGAUAUUGGCGUCAGUGAUUCAGCGUCAAAUUCCUUGAAAUGUGGUGAAAAAGAAGACAACAUUUCCCAUGACCAACAACUUCAGCUGCCUGAAUGGGUGAACAGGUGUUUGUGAUGAAGUUUGGCCUCCAGAAACCUCUAACAUUUCGAUCAGAGAAACAGAUGUGCUGAGAGUGGACUCUUUUUACAAAACUCACCUAUGUAAGGUGAGGUAGAGAUGCCAUAUUUCUAGAGUAGCACAGGAAGGACAAACUAUUAAUAUGUGUGUUUUCUAUUAAGUGAGUAGCUGCAUGACACACCAGAAGAGAGCGAUUGGUAGGAGCAAAAGAAUGUGUAUUGAUUGUUUUGGAUGGCUAAAUUGAACAAAUGGAGGAUCAUCAAACUGAUCAUGUGUCAGAGUCUCUGGCCUCUGUUGCCCUAUUAACCAUCAGAGUGAGCAGGGAAGUGUUUCAGUGUUUAAAUAUUCUCAUUUCUACACACUGUACCUUAGAAAUAGCAACCACCUGACUCUGGUACCCCUAUUUUAGUAAUUGGAUGUUUUUGGUUAUUGUAGUUUUUGCUGUUUGUAACCUUCCUGUUUGGGACAGGGACACAAAUUGAAAAUCAUUGUUUAAGUCACUAAGGCCUGCGUUUAAAAGUAAGCAUUAAUUUAAACACACAAAUGUUCAAAAAUGAACUUUCUUAAAUUUGUAUGGUCACAAACUCAGGAAGAGGUCAAUUUGGCUCAACAAAAACUUUGUACAAAAACUCUUUAAUUCCAAAAAGAAUGAAUGAUAAAAAGAUGUAAAAUCAAAUCAGCUGAUAUCCGUCAAAAGGGCCAAAACCAGCUCACUCAGAAACUGAGCUGAUAUAAGGAAAUUUCUGAACCUCAUGUUACUUUAGCCCUCAGUUCAGAGGAAGCGCCAUCGCUUCAUGCACCAUCACUAAAGGCCAUUGUCUGCUAAACAGAAGUAGAGGUCAGUUUAUGUUACAAUAUGAUACAGUACAAUACAAUAGCUCUAUUUAUUCCCAAAAGGAAAUUCAUUUGUCUGGAAUCUCAUGAAACAUUUUCUUUGGUAGUUCACAAACUGUGUGAAUCCAGUCAGGUGAGAGAAGAGGGUGACAUGGUUGAAGUCUCCUGAUAUUAUUAUUAGUGCCUCAGGGUGUUUAGUCUGUAGCCUAGCAAUAGUAUCAUGGAGAAUAAAUGUAUACAAGUAUUGUUAUGAUAUGACUGAACUCCCUUGGAACAUAAAAUAGCCGAAAGAGCAACUGCCAACAGUUCAAUAUCUGGACAACACAAAUUCUCCUUGACAGUUAUGUGUGUAUGGUUACACCAUCUCUAGUUGACAAAUAAAGCCAGAUCUCCUCCUUUCUUCUUGCCACUAGCUUGAGCAUCUCUGUCUGACCUUAUGAGAGUGAAGCCAGGUAGAUCCACACUGGAGUCAGAGUUGAUUUGAUUCAACCAGGUUUCAGUAAAACACAGGAGACUGUAAUUAUGGUAUGCUUUCUCAGUCUUCACCAAUAUCUCCAGCCCAUCGCUUUUGUUUGGCAGAGAGUUGACAUUCGCCACGAUGACUGAUAAGGAAAGGGCUUAUAUCUCCAUUUCCUAGCCUUCAACUUUUCCUUUACCUCUGAGCUGGCAGACGUGUCUGAUCAGGUUGUGUCUUGUGUUUCUUUUGCUGAUAAGAAUUGAUUAAUGCUGUUAUAGAGUUUUGACCAAUCACAAUCAAGUGUUAAAAACAGCCAGUAAAGGUAGAGUCUAAAUCAAAAGCUAAUUCUGCUACAGGACAACAAAAAAGACUAUCGAGAUUAGGUGUUUGUGUGUUUUGUGCGGAGAGCAGACAUCACUCACAGACCUCUUAAUGCUGCUUGAGGCCAUUUUUAGCCACGAACAUGUAAUGUGCAGUAUAGCCCUGAGGAAGCACACAGCACCGCUGCCAACCCACAUAACCAUUAACAAGGUUUUCUGGAAAUGGAGAUUCAGACACUCUACAAAAGGACUUAUUUGAAGUCAGUGAUGCCACUUGGCGCCUAUAUUGCAGCUGUGCAAUAUAGGCGCCACAUUGUUUAGUGGAUAUAACUUUGGUCAUUCUGAUUAUUUACAUCGAACGGGAACUCUUAAUCAAAUACAGUUCAUCACAAUAAAAACAGGAGAGAAGGGUGUGGCAGCAAAGACCGUCCUUCUGUCUAACAGCUGUAGAAGCCCUACGUGGACCCGCGUCCAUACAUACACUUACUCCAAUUUCCAGAGAUGAAGAGUCAGUCAUAGGCAGUGAGAAUAAGACUAGAUUUUCAGUCCUCUGGUCAGACCAUGACAUGCUUAGCUGCUGUCACUGAGGACUUUGAGACACAGAUAAGCCCAUCUGAAGCGUUCAGUCCCUUGCCUAUCCUUGGAGAGUCUCUGAAUGAAAUCCAGGACCACUUUGGGAGUGCAGAACAGUAGUUAAAAAGAAUCAAACAUAGGUUUCUUUGGUUGUCCUGCUUAUUCAUUUCUUCAAGAGCCAUUAAGAAAACAAGCUUAGUUGUAAGAGUCAUUUGUCAUAUGAACUAUAGACUGGAAGCAGGGAGCAACAAUCAGCCUCUGUUUCCCCCUAAAGUUUAAAGAAAUACCUCUCCCACACGUCUCCUAAAGCUCAUUAAUAAACUCAUUUUGUUGUACCUGUUUGUAUUGAUCUUGGUCAGAACCUCUUUGUUCUGAGACAAUCCUCUUUUCCGACCUGCACUUGCUGUUUUUCAGUACAGGCAUCACCACAGAAGUUAAAGAUAAUGGAAAAAGUCCUCAGGCAGAGGUGAUGGCGCUCAGUCUGGGUGUACUGUUUUGGUUGUUUGGCUGGAUCAUCAAGUAAACAGGUAUUGGAUUUCAAUGAAUGAUGUUGUCAAAGUAAUUGCCUCCUGGCAUUUAGUUACGGUUAAUUAGUUUAAUACAUUCUUUAGUAGGUAUGCAAGAUAUUCACACACGUGUAAGUCACAUGUACUUCACCUGAACUACGAGCUUUUUCCAAACCUCUGUUUGUACUAAAGUCUUAAAAAACUGAGACAUGUUUGCAAAGUUACUGCGUAACUGCGCGUUCUUAAAAAAUUUCCUGUAAAGUAGUGAUCAGCAAGCUUUUUCACAAAAGUUCAACUCGAUCUUGCUUGUUGAAUUUGGUUUAGCUUGAGUUUUUGUUACUCAGUGUUGCCAACCCUUGGAUCAGAAUCAGACAGAGUAGGUCUUCAUUUACCAGGAGUCCCUGUAUUUUUCGUGCAUAAGUAGAACUCAAAAUUUAGAUAAAGUAGGGUGACCAUGUUCUAACUUCCCAAAAAGAGGACACUACUAUGCAUGGGCGGAGUCACAGAGUCACACAGAGUUAAUUUUAGAGUUUUUCGGGGUAGGAUUGAGUGUCUUUUACGCAGUUCUAACUCAGUAAGUCCACAUGACACAAACUUGAAACUUACGUACAAAACCACUGCCAUUUGAAGGAUCUAGGAUGGUCACCCCAGAUAAAAUGUCCUGAUCACCCCUUUUGGCUCCUGAUGUGGAUUAAAACUUUUAGAAAUUGAGUAUCUGCUGAUACAAAGUCCAAUACAUUUAUCUGAUAUUUUUAUUGAGGUUUAUUACGAGGCAAAACAGUCUCAUCACAAGACUUUCAAAAGCCAACGACUUGCUUGUCUUUGUGCCUGGGGUUCACCAAUGUUGCAGUCAAGUACAGCGGAUCAGUCUUGACUCCGCUGAAGCCACUUCCUGUGGCCUUUGUAGAGUGCUUUUGACCGUCUUGAUUUCUUGGUCAGUGCUCUGCUCUCAGACAAAGACACAUGUCAAGACCUCAAGAGCAGAGGUCAUAUCAGCUGUAGUCUCUGCACUCACAACCCGCAUGAGCUCUUAAAAGGCAGAUAAAAUACCUCCUCCAUCAGUGCCCUCUGCACUGUUGAACAAAGUUCCUGUGGAACUGCCUUUAAAAAUGAUCAGAUUGCAUAUGUUGCAGGUGCUUAUUGGACCGUUUUCACGUUCUGCUUUAAAAUAGUUUCUCAUCGCUGACAGUAAAUGCUAAGUAACUUGUGCGUAUGCACUUUGCUGCUGGGCUCAGCUUCCAACGGCUAACUAAAUGAAAGGGGUGAGGUGAUUGGCUCAAUAUGCCAAUGCCUGAUCAGUUCAAUAACACCUGCACUGACAGGUGAUAGAGAUUGGGACAAUAUCCUGCAAUAUAAUACAAUACCAGUGUUUCCAGUGGCUGUAGCAGAGGGCUUCCAGUUGUGCAGGAAUGUGCAGGAUAUUAGUGAAGUGUUAUUACUUGACCACUGAGUAGCAUUAAGUGGAUCAACUGACCAAUCUGCAGAAAUGUAUGAUAUCGGUUGAGGCCACAGAGACGUUUUGAUACAGGACGCUGGAAAUAAAUCAGUUUUUCACUUCUCCUCUCAAAAUCAUAAAUAUUAUUUUACAUACAGGUCCAAAAAAAUAAGAAUUUUUGUGUGUCAAAGUCAGAGUGAUUAGAUAGUUGUAUCGUUUUACUUUGGGUAGAGUUUUGUCAAAUCCCCAGUGCAGAAAAGGAGAAAAGGUUGUAUCACACAUACACAGCCAACCAGGUGAGACACAUUAGACUGUGUUUUAAUGGUGAUACUGCUGGGUCCACAUCAGUGGCGAUUGCUCCAAGACUGCAAGGGAAGCUCGGCUUCCCUUAAAAUGUCACCCCCCCAAAAAAAGAAAAAGUGGUGAAAUACGUACUGCUGUGUGUACAUUUCAUUAACUAAAUACGCACUAGAAAGCCUUCAACUUUUGUUCAGACACUGUGAUAAGAAGCUGAUAAUCACAGGUAACCGGCAUUACUUCGUUCUCAUUCAUCCUCGCAGCGACUCAGCGCUUCAAACAGUCGGACGCUGGACUUAUGCUGACUUCAAUGUGGAAGCUUAAAGUGGGUUGUUCCAGCAGCGAAACUAGACGCUCAUUGGAUAAAUGCUGGGCUUUGUCCAGCCCAUCGGAAGCCCAACUUCACUGGAGUUCUAUGGCGAGAGGGCGGUCCCGACUUUCUCCCGGACUCCGGGCUUCUGCAUCCAUGAUUGGAUGAGCUGUCUGAGGCGAAAUCCUUUUUUGAUUGACAGCUAAACAAGCGAAUCAGCGAUCUUGAAGAAUAAAACAUCUACCAGAGCAUUUUCCAAGUUAUUCAUUCCGUUGUUCUUAACUGCUCCAGAGACUUUACCGAUCCUCAGCGACUUUUGUCUUUGUUAAAAACGACUGCCGUUGUGUUUGGCGACUCUGUUCUGUUACAUACAAAUAAACAAAUACAAUUAUGAUGUAGGCCAGAAAAAUGAGCUUCCCCUCCUUGAAAGACCAGCAGCCGCCACUGGUCCACAUUCAUCUACAACAGCUAUUAAAGGUUUCUUUAAUGGCUGUUCUUUACUUGAUUCAGAUCAUUACAAUUACUGUGUCUGCCUUUCUCUUCAGUCAGCCUUUGAUAAUGCACACAGAGGUAAUCAUGUGUCUGUUAUUUGUGCUCCUUCAGGAGAACAGUAACAAAUACACUUUUUUUUCUUCACUAUUUUAAUUGAAACACAGUCACAUUAAGAAAAGAAGAAAAACCCCAAGCUCUGCUGUGAGUACAUAUCAUCAUCCUUUACAAGGUUCUCUAAAUGCUAAUAACAGUGAGUUUUCUGGGUAGUAUCUUUGAAGGGAAUGAUGGUGUAGAUCUUCAGAGACUAAAGGCCUUAAACAGGAAUCACAUAAAGCUCUGCUUCACAGUGACUCUGGACAAAUUAUUAAAUGUGCUUGUGGGAAUUUGUAUCUUAUCUCUUACUACUUGGGUGUCUGUGCCGCGGUGUUGUCUUUCUGAAAUAAACAGGGUCGUCCCUGAAAAAGACGGGGCUCUGAUGGCAGCAGAUGUUGCUCCUAAACCUGUAUGUACAUUUCAGUAUGAAUGGAUCCUUCACAUAUGUGACAGUUAGCCAUGGGCACCAACACACCCUCAGACCAUCACAGAUGCUGGCUUUGACCUUUGACCUGAGAACAGUCUGGGUGGUCCAUGAUUUCCAAAAACUAUCUGAAAUGUGGACUUGUCAAACCACAUCUGAUUCUUUCACUUUGGGUCAGUCCAUCUAAGAUGCGCUUUGGUUCAGAGAAGCCGGCGGUGUUUCUGGCUGUUGUUGAUAUCUGUCUUUGUCUUUGCAUGGUUAUGUUUGAACUUGUAGAUGUAGAGACUAACUGUGUUAACUGACUUUGCAGUUGUACAUUGACAAACGUUGUUCUUAAAUUGCUGAAAUAUUUGCUCAUGCAGUCGCUGGUCCCAUCCUUGCUUGUGAAGGACUGAGACUUUCAGUGAUUCCCCUUUUAGACCCAAUGAUUGUCCUCACCUGUUUCCAAUGAUCCUGUUCACCUGUUGAAGGAUCCAAAUGUGUUUUCGGAGCAGUCCUCAGUAUUCCAUCUUUUGAUGAUCUCGAACCAUAUUUUUAGUUAUCAGUUUGAACAUUAAAUAUCUUUGUAGAGUAUUCAGGUGAAUUUAGGUGGAAAAUGAUUAUAAAUCAUUGUUUUCUGUUUUUCUUCACAUUUCUCACAAAUCCAUCUCUGUGCUCUUGUCUCAGGUUCUCCUCCCUUGGCUUGUGAGCACUCAGGCAGCCCGCAGCAGGAGGAGCCCGCCAUAAUGAGGAGAAACGACCACUACCUGCCAGUCCCUGGAGAGGAGAAGAACCAGGACUCAUCAGAAUUUGCCAGCACAAAUGAUGGGAGCAACGUGUCCAUAGUAAGACGCUGCAUGCAUGGUGUUGUUUUAGUUCUGUGGAAGAUGUUGUAGAGAGGACGGUACCACAGAUUACUGAGAAGCUUUUGGAUUUGAUGGAUGUUUUUUAAACAGAGUUUUGUUGACCGUGCAUUAAUCUAUAUUAUUAUUUUAACAAGUGCUGCUCCUUAUAUGUUAGCCAAGGCAAGUCUGUCUUUGAAGUGUCAAAUAAAUAAGCCAGAAACAAACAAGACAUCAGAAAAGGGAGAAGGAAAAUAGAGUUAAACAGGAGUCACAGUUUGGGUUGGAUGUGUGUAGUUGUUGCAGGACAGGGGGGAUAAGAACAGACUGUUAGCGCUCGGUGUAGUCAUGGAUAGCUGCCCAGUGUCAGUUGCUCCGACAGUCACGACAAGCACAUUUAUGUCCCUUUGAGGGAGAAGCUGUGCAAGCAUCUGCUGUUUAUGGAGGUUAAGCUAAGGGAACUGUUCUGAGGCUGAAUGUGUGCUGUGAUACUGUGACUAUAAAACCCUGGUUGUGUGUUUACUGCCAAGAGAAAUAACUGUUUUGUUUAGCAAAACAGCACAAUCCAGCCGGGUUUAGAUAAAACAGCAGCCAAGUUAAAGUUUCAAAGCCAAAGCUAGUUGACCCACAGGUCGCCAUUGGUCCAAAGCAAAGUGCAGCCUAAAGUGUUAGAAAAUGGAGCCAAUGCAGGUGUGCAAAAUACUGAAGUUCCACUAGUGUCUUAUUUAGGCCGUCUCUAUUAGAGCCUAGAGUUCCCAGGAGGGCUGGAGAAUGACAGGACUACAAUCUCAGCAGAUCCUCAUUUUCUUUUUCCAGAUUCAUCUAAAGUUUGGUUGAAUCCAUUCUUGCAACAAGGUGAGCGCCAUCUUUGGUCUUCAAUGUGCCUCUUUAAGAACAGAUCAGUGAUGUCACUGAGAAUAUGUCUGGGUUUGACACUGUCCGUGGCACAGAGAUCCUACCAAAACCCUGAGUCUGAACUUUGAUACCUUCAGUAUUUUACAUGUUUAUCUGGCUUUUCAAAUAGCCAGUCCAUGAGCUUGGUUGUGUCCAUGUUUUACAUCAAACACCUCCACCUGCAGUGAAGCCCGGCACCAGAGAAACAUGUUUAUUUCCCUUCUUAGUCCACAGCAGCCAAACAAGCUUCUUUUAAUUAAAAUGUGUCGAUAAGGGAAACGUCUCUUCUAAAAUCUUGUAUCCGUAUACUUCACACACUUACUAAUGCUGAUACAACAGAUACAUCUGUUUGCAACAAUAAACCAACUGUAUGUGUAAGUCCAUUAAAUCUACACUGUUUGCUGUUAAGAUGAGCCUGUAGACUGUUCAUAAUCAGAGUGAGUUACUUAAUCUGUUAAAUCAGGAGCUCAAACAACUUAUAAUUCAAUUUUCACAGUAUUUACAGACUCACACUUGUCUGAGUUUGUGUUUGUAUUCAGAAAUGUAAUCCUGACUUCAUGUCUGAUGUUUUCAAUAAGAGAGUGCUCUGUAAAAUCAGGUAGUUAUUUCUUUUACGUCCUUGAAAUGCUAAAAGCUUCAGCUGCUUGAACAGACUGAGAAAAGAGCAACAUUUCGAGUGCCACCUGAGCUAAAUGAUAUAUUUUCAGCUUUGCACUUCUAUUUAAAAGGAAAACUAUCACAACAACUAAGGGAUCUCAAUUACACAUGAGAAAAAAGUCAGAAUCUAUAAUAUGAACAAUAAUAGCCUCAGUUUUGCUGUCUGCAAUGAUCAUUAUGACACAAAAGUCAAUGAAAGGCAGAAUAGAGAAAACAGAAAUAAUGGAUUCAGCUAUUCUACAGUGUUUCUAUUAGGGAACAAUAUCAAUAAACUUGAUGUUCACGUAGAUGGAGAGUUCCCCCUUGUCACUUACUUAAGUCUGUAAUAAAGAGACAAACCUAUCACACUUGUUUUGUUUGAUUUGUUUGUUGUGUUUUUUUGAGGUUACACUCUUUAGGUCUGAGACUGCGGCUCACACUGCGACACAACUCUUGUUGAAAGUUUUUACCUUUUUUAUGGAAGUUGUAUUAAAUAAAGAUAAUAUUUAACAUGCAUAAUAAUUUAAAAACAGACUCAACAGUCACCUUGAAGCGCAAUAGGAGUGCCAACAGACGACCAUUAUAACCAUUAUAGCCAUUAUAACCUGGCAGCAGUUGAGCACCUGAGAAGGUUAAUAACAUUUAUAUUACAGUGUUUAAUCUGUGUCUAAGCCUAAAAUCUUGUAAAAAUAAGCUUGACCACAGCACCAAACAUUAUUUGUCUAAUGUGAACAUUAGAUCGUUGAGAUCAAUUAGCUGUCAUCAUAAGAAAACAAAAAUAUUUUAUCCCUGUAGACAUAAAAAAAUGACCAUUUUAAUGACAUGAUAUGCUGGGAAUUUGUUUUAUAAUCAGGUCUUAAUUGUUCUUAAGCUCUGAAUUAUACCCUAAAGAAAAUCAGCCUGUUUCAGUGUACAUGAAACAGUUAGAGGUUCAUUUGCAUAAUUGUUUUUUCGACUUCUGUGAGUCUGUGAUUAUAUUGUAGGUUGUAUUGGCUCAAAAUGUUUCUUUAAAGCACAAUGUCAAUUGUUGUCCUCAAUCAAUUAACCAAUCAAUUGAUCAAUCAACUGAUCAAUAGUUAGAAUUCGCCAAUUCUCUACAAGUGUUGUCUGCAGACACUUUACAAAAAACAGGUCUUGACCAGACUCUCUGAACAAAGACGUGGUGUUAAGAUGGGAUCGGACUGAGCCCAUCCUGUAAGAUCAGACCCACUUCUAUCCCAUCUUCAACCUCAUGAGUGAAACACUUAACAGCAUUUAGAGAGUUACAGUGGAGAGGGAGAACUUCCUUUAACAGGCAGAUGGAGAAAGAGAGAGAGAGAUGGACAGAAGAGAGACUGAUGCUCAUAGUUGAAGCAGCUGUAAAGCAGACAGGUCCUCAGCAGCUUAAGGUCUACAGCAGUGAUCCAGAGAAACCUACAGCAUGAUGGAGCUCAGGGACUCCCAGAAAAGACUAAAUAUUUGUGACUCUAAAGGGACAUGAUGAUUCAAAGUUAAUGACACAGACAGAAAGAGGAUGGAGAAGGAGAGAAAGCCUCCCCCCCAGCAGUCUAAACCGAUAGCAGCAUAACUAAGAGCUUGCCUUGAACCAAGUCAUUUUCUCUUGUAUUGUAAAAUGAAUAUUUCAUGUGAAAGCUUCUCACUCACUUCUAGUUUCAAUGAGAACCUUUUUUCUUCAGGUUUCCGAUCAGGUCUGCCACGGUGGUUGUUGUUACAGGAGAUGGAAAUAGAGAGUCAGCUGAUAAACAAGAGCAAGUGGUAACCUAGUCACUGUCCAGGACAAAACUGAAGGACAGUCACAUCACCAAAGUAAAAUAACAUCAGGCUUUUAUUGUGUAAAGCAUUGUUGUAGUAUAAAUAUGGUAGAUACCAAACUAACACAGACUUCAACUAAUCGCUUUUCCUCCUUUUGCCAUGAUCUGAAUGUGUCUCAUGGAAAAAUUAUGCAAGCUUUAACUUUUACAUUUUCAGCAUAUAAAGUGGACGUGUGAUGUUCUGCUCAUGCCGGCAGUCUGAUCACUCUAAUCUGUUAACAUGCGCGCUGAAAUGAAAAUUAGGUUUAGCAGCUAUCAGGUCUAUAACCAAGAAUUAGGGCUGAUGAGAGGAUAAGACUGUGCUGAGUGCAGGGAUGAGAGAGAGGAGGGUUGGCUCAUAACAAUGGCAUGAAUGAACUGAAGGGAGAGAGAGACAGCCUGAUGAUAAGAACAGCUGAUGGAAAAACACAUUUAGCUGUCUGUUUAACUAUGACCAUGCUGUAGAAAACAACAUUUUCUCAACACCAUUCUUUCUUAUCAAAAACAAAACAUGGGGGACUCCAAAAUUACUAAUUGAUUUUUUUAAACAAGGUGAUCAAGAUCAAUCUAUUGUGAUUACUGAUAAUAGGAAUGAAAUAAUUAUAGGUACGUGUUAUUACCAUCUCCAUCAGGCUGACUGAGACAGACCAAGAACCAACCAGAGCCACUUUCACUGUACAGGCAAUAGUAUCAAUAAUUAAUAUGUUUAUCCAGCUAAGCGUUGCUCACCACCAUAACAAGAUGCUAAUUGUUUAGGAUUUAUCCCCAGAGCAAGUCCUCCCAUGUUUGGGUUAAAAUCCCACAGUGAGCUUUAUUAUUUAGGAUCUAAAGCAUCAGUAUGUAGAGACUGACUGUUACAGCUGCAUGCAGCUCACUGGAAAACACUAUUGACUUGAAAUCUGCAGGGUCGUCUCAGCACUGAGCUUAUUAUGGCUCACCAACAUGUGUGUGUGUGUAUGUGUGUGUGAGUGUCUUAGUGUGUGUGUCUGUGUGUGUAUGUGUGGGUGGCUGUGUGCAUGUGUAAGCCCAGAGGACAGGAGAACCUCAUUUCCCGGUGGCUUGGUGAGAAAACCGUUCCUAUUGGUGAAUGAUGCACACAGCACCACAUCCUCAUGCGCCCUCUGAGGAACGACCUCUGACCUCUGCAGCUAUGACUACUUCCUGUGAAGAAGGCUAAAGAUGAUGAGUGUGUGUCCUCAGUUUUUGUGUGUGUGUGUGCGUGUGUGUGUGUAUACAGCAGGGUUUAGGCUGGGGGCUGUAUACAGUGCAGUGGAGUACAAGCACGGGCACAAUUACACAUAGAUACUAUCCCUCUCACCCUCUCUCUCUGACACAUACACGUAUAAAAAAAACAAGAGCUUUACAUUUCAGUGCGUUGUGUCAAUAUUAGCUUUGUGAUUAAUAGCUGAUCUACAUCUAUGAUGGAAAUGUAAACGUGCUCAGCCUGAGUUUAUGACUCUUUUAUGGGCUGCGGGCUGAGUGAACGUGAACUGUAUUUCUGGGUAAUUGCCUCUCUGUCACUGUGUAAACAUUGUUGCUUGUUAUCAGCAGCUCUUAACGCUGUCAAAUACCCAUACAGUCUGCUCUGUCUUCACACUCCUUUAUCUCUUUGUUAAAACAGAAACUCUCGUUGGUUACUUCAUCAGGUACGUCUCUUGGCCUGCUUGAUUGACUUGUCUGAAUAUCUGUGAAUAGAUUAAAGUUAAUAAAACAAAUAAUCACGUCAGUCAACUCAUUGAAAGACUUUAACAGCCAACGCUGACAGAUGUUGAAAACUAGUUUAAAAGGAAACGUUUUUCAACCUGAGCUUGUAGACAUUGAAUGUCUUUGUAUAAACAAGAAUCCAUCAGGAAACCUGCUUCUGCCACAAGUUUCAUCACACAUCAACACACACCCACGGCUAUUUUCAGGCUGUAUUUCACACAUUAUGUAAAUUUGAAUGUUAAAUCCCCUUUAAAAAAAACAAAAAACUGUUGGGGUCUUGUCUCAACUUGCCAGGAUUUCACUUGACAUCACCACAUGCUAACUAAACAUUAUUCUGCUGAUUUCUCAGCUACCAAUGAAAUAUCCAAAAAAGCUGGGCUGCAGUUCACAUCUGAACAUAGAUUUAUGUUUUAAUAUUGAAAUAGAGAGACAGAGAGACACGAGAAUGAUAGAGGGAGAUGAAGAAAGAGAGAAAGGUGCUUAAUGAGCCAGUACCCCUGACAGUCUAAAUCUAUAGCAGCAUAACUCAGAGCUGGUCCAGACCUGAUCCAGGUCUAACUAUCAGUUUUAUCAAAGAGGAAUGUUUUAAGCCGACUUGGGUGUCUGAAAAAUGUCUGUCCACAUUUUCUCAAUAUUUCUUCAAUACAGGACAAGACCAUACAUGAUAUAACUCUACUUAGCAUAGUGUCCUCCACAGUCUCUCCAACAUGUCAGAGAUAGCUGAAAUUUUGUAUGUUGUACAGCGUUAUAACAAUUUAAUCUGAAACUUGCAUGUACAUUUUCAUAUGUGAUGAAAACUCUUGUGUAUACCACUAUUUAUGAUUUAAUUUCUAACCAGCAAGUGAUUUCAUCUUGAUUCAAUUCAUGUUAAAAUCUAGUUGGUGCUCCCUGGGAGGGAUCAGAGUUUCUGCCACAGUCCGAGAGCAAAGAAUAUUAUUUUGAUACAUUUUGUAAAUUGAAGAAUUGAAUGUCUUGGACAAUUCAACUCCAGGGAAACAAAAACGGUGGCUCCUGUUAGAUCCGUCUUGUGAAAAAUGCCUGUUGUCUUCAGCAGAUUAUCUUAGACAGAGACAGAGGAGUCAAGAGCAUUCGAAAGGGCUCUGUGGGAGCACGUUAUUAAAAACGAGACGGGGCACUUUCACAGAACAAUGAUAAAAGCCUUUAUUCAUCUUUUCAUGUUAUUAAUGCUAAGAGCUGUUAUUCAUUUUAAAACAAGUCAAUUAGUAACCCACGUAUCACAGUAAGAGCAGCCCUCUAAAAGACAGAUGCAUCUCUCCACCAUGUCCACCUUUAGAUCAGUUUGAUUUGGUACCAGAAAGUUCAGCUAGAGACGAGGAGAAGGAAAUUCACCUUAAGAUGCAUGUCUUUUUAAAAGCUUAAUGUUAUCUUAAGUUUUUAUGCUCCUGUUUUUUGUUGCAACACUUAAAAUGAUUCCCAUGAACGCUGUAAAUAUUCAUGUAAUGUAAUCAAAGCCAAGAUUUGUCUGUCAGAGUUCAUCAGUGAACCAAACAGCAGGCCAGGGUCAGCUGAAGAUCAGAGGACCUUUGGCCACUGUGUUUGCUCAUGAUGGCCUAGAGAAGUGUGUUACUGGAAGUACAGACUGUGCACGCACACACACACACACACACACACACACACACACACACACACACACACACACACACACACACACACACACACACACACACACACACACACACACACACCCAGGGGUUAGUCAGCCUGUAAAUAUGACAGAACAAAACACUCGGAUGUGAUCAGAUGAAGAAAACAGGACAAGGUCGGACAGCAGGAUUUUUAUUUAGGGUAACAUCAGAGCGUAUCUGACAAUAAAUCCAGAAAAUGAAAAUUCUCGGUUAUUGUGUGUUCAGCUCUAUCAUGCAAAUGUGAAUGAAAAAUGUCAUCAAACGUCAUGUUUGAAUUUUUCCUACAGCUAAGGCUAAGGUUGCAGUCCUAAUCCAAUUCUUAUCCAAGACAUGAAAGUGUCUCCAGAUUACAUCAGGAUUUAAACCUCUUCUUUGUAUAACACCUGCUGUAUCCAGAACAGUAAUAACACCAGAUAACUAGAGCUCUAAUGGAUAAAAAUAAUGAACCAGGGCCAGAAAAAGUCCCUGAAUUUAAACAAACACAAGCUCCUCAUAAUACAACAAGACAGAAGACUUUUACAUCCACUCUGAGUCCACUUUCCUUUAUUCAAAUCUUUAAUGGUUUAUGAAAGAAUCCCAAAUGACAGAAAUGGCUGUGAUGAUGCUUUUGUCAGUGGAAAUGAAUUUCUUUUCCAUUUGUAUAGCAUUGUUGUGGCUUUUAGACACCUUGGGCUCUAUUUUGGUGCUUCGCCGGAGAUCUGCCGCAAGCGCAGAGUCAAUCAGAUCCGCCGCGCUGACAAGGCGUUCCCAAGCACAUUUUGGUAUUUUGGUGAGCCGCGCAGCCCAGCGUAAGUAUCCCCCCUCCCUAACUCAGCUCCUCCCGGCAGCAUAAAUCAUAGACGGGGAGGAGAGAGGGCGUGGAGUAGGUUUAAUACAGCCGAGACCUGUUUUCACCAAUCACAUAAGCUCCUCUCCUUGCCUUUAAAUCCGCCACAGGCGAGGCGUAUUACUAUUUUCAUGAAGUAGUCAAAGAGAUCAAGAGAUGUCUGAAGACAGUUAUGCCACACGAUGGCGACAGAGGGCAGCUGCUCAACAAGUGUCCUCCACACUCUCUCAUAUGAGCACAGAUGGAUUUGGUGUGCGUAAUGUUGGACUCACUGGUAAGACAAACACCCUUUUCCACAAAUAAAGACACUCACAUAAAGUUGCUCAUAUUCAAACCUCACGUGACAAACGUGGGUUUAGCGCACAGAUCACAACAUAAACUCCAAAAAGGCAUUAAAAUCGGAACCAUCUGUGCGUAAAUGACGCAUCACGCUCCGUGGCCUGGCUCUUUCUUUCAUAGAUGUUGGCAUAUAAAAUAAAUUUGGCUCACAAAACUGAAUAUUAUAAUAUCCGUAUGUCGGCUUAAAGUAGAUCACGCAUCUGAGCACUGAAACAAAUCAUCUGUUCAGCUGCAGCAGGAGCAGCAGGAAGACGGACAGAGGACACGGAGACGUGUCCAGGUCGAGCUGUGCGAGAAAUAAGAGGAAGAAAGAAAAGGAGGGAGACACAUUACAUAUCUUGUUAACUUCAUCAUGUGUGUUUAUUUACUAGAUAUUUAAUUUAAUUUGAUGCAGUUUCAGCUGUAUUGAUUCGGUCAGGUUGUGUGUCCAAACGCGUGCCAAACGCGCUCAUCAGAUCAGAUAUAGAUCAGAAUAUAUCUAUAUAGAUCUAAAUGUAUGUGCUGUCUCAGAUUAAUAGUUGUUGAUGAUUAUCUAUUGCACUGAAAUCUGCCUGACACUGUGGAAACCUGCCGGUGAGGCAUCAGUGACGUAUGUUGAUACGCCGCCGGUCUACCAAAAUACUACUGGACCAGCUGCGUUCCGCCUUGCGCUGAAAGCUGACCAGGUUUGAAUCGGCGAGCUUUCAGCGCACGUUACACGCCAGUGGCGAGCACGAAAAUGUCACUGCGCCAGCUGAUUCUGUCAACACCUCCCCCUGCCACGCCACCACGCCCAGCUUGGUGGAUCUCGGCUCGCCUCCGUGCGACUCAGUCCACGAAAAUACCAAACUCGCCUUACGCCGGGCUCCGCCAGACGAAAAUACAACUGCGCGGGGCUCGCCGCCCUCCGCCGCCUCACCGGCGCGAACGAAAAUAGAGCCCCUUGAGUAUAUGUGUAUUCUUUGUUCUUGUUUCUGUGACAUCCAUGGCUCUAAAUCCAGUUCAGACCAAACCAAUGUUGAUUAACAGGAGGCAGGCGCUGAUGUGACACAUGUCACCACUUUGAACUUUGUUUUAAUAGAUUUACAGAAACACUAGUCGAUUUGAUUUGAUACGAGGAGUAUGAUCGAGUUGUUUUUGACAGGCAUUAAGUUAAUGAUUUGACUUUGAAUGAACCCUAAUGCCUCUGUGUGAUACUAACGUAGAUGAGAUCAGGUGAAGUAGAAUGACCAUCACGUCGUUUUUAAUGUGGGAUGCUGACAAUAAUUUCACAGAUGUGUUCGUAUACACAGAGCAGUACGCAAACUCUUUUCCUUGUUUAAGGAUUUGAGAUGCAUCCAUUCAUAAAAGUGUAAUGUUAGUUAUUGAAACAAUUAUAAUUCAUGAUGUGUAAAUCAUUGUUGUUUGGGGAAUUAAAAGAACUCGCCAAAAAACCUACUCAGCUUGAUAUGAGGAAUAUGAAAUAUUUGAGAUACAGCAAAUGGUUGAAGGGUAUUGAGGGCAUGUGGGUGUAUGUUGGUCUUCUUGGUCUCUUGGUGCAACAGGAUGUGCAUUAAAACAUGGGACAUUAGUGAAGGGAUACUGCACGCUGCAUCAGUACACUCUGGGUUUAUAUGGCCACAUAGGAACAGCAUGAUCUUUCACAUAGUGCAGUUGGGAAUUGGGGGGGUUGCAAAACAUAAAUAGACUAUGUGAGAUGUAUAUCACUCUGGAGACACUACUAUCUAUGUGUAUUAAAUAUUUGAUGACAUAGCAAACAACAUGGCUCAUGUUUGCUGCAUGUUGCUCUCUGUUGAACAUGACUGUAAUACAUUGCUUCUGCCGGCUCUGACACAAAGUCUUAUGGGUCCCCAAGUGUUGAAACGUAGAAAGUGUGAAAGUAUAUGGUGCCUCUGAGUGCAUUAGUUCGCUGAACCAUCAGGUACAUAUGCUCUCCAGAACAUACUCUGUUAAAACCACCAAUGAUGUUAUCUAUCCGGCACUCUGACCCCAUCCAUCACUCUCCAUCUGUUUUUGUCUUUUCAUUUUUGUCCAGUGAGAUUCCCACUGCUACUUCUCUGCAUCUCCUUGCCUGUUUGCUGAAUAAAUUCAUGGUUCUCUGAGGAUACACCCUGAUUUUCUGGUAGCUGAUGGCCUUUCCUUAUUCACCACAGUAUAUCAGAAAUGUCCCUGUGUGCACAGAAUAUGUGGGUAAAGAGGCAGCUCAGUGGCAGAGUCGGUCUCGUCUCAGAGGGAAAGUCGCUGUCCAAAUGCUGAAGUGUCCUUGGGCAAAACCCCCAACCCCAACCUGCCUCCACAAGCUGUGUUCAGAGGCGUAUGAGUGACAUUGCUUAACACUGACAGGCUCUAUACAUAGCAGCCUCUGGCAUCAGUCUGUGUGAAUGUGGUGAGGAUGGUUGAAUGUGACAUGUAAUGAAUAAACACAGUCCAUUUGCCAUCUACAAAUGAAUUAAAAGUGCAGGCAUAAGAAUUCUUUGCUAUUACUGCAAAUCACUCCACCAACAGGGUUAGACUCCUUACAAAUUUAGGUUUUCUGUGAUUUGUGAAAAAAGAAGGUGUGGACUUGUAAGGAGAAGUUUCUUAGACUGUCAUUAUGCCAUUAGUACUUGUUUCAUCUGAGCAUAUUCCAGACUCACCUUGCUAAUGAAACCUAUUAAAGCCUAUUGGGUACUAAUACCUACGUCAGUGUGAUAAAUAUACUUUAUUUAUAAUGAUAUAGGAUUAAAGGCAACGGUUUUGGAUUGGGCUUGUUUUUCAUCAAAUUAUGAAAUCACAAACUUUCCUGGCAAACUGCUUUGAUAAACAUAAUCACAGUCAUAAGCUUUUAAAUGUGUUUUGAGAGGUAAUUUGAGAGUAUGAUCAAUGGAGUCACUUUAACGGAGUGUGUUUUGCAACCAGAGGAGGCACUUUUAAGAUGGUAAUCAGAUCUGUGAACAGAAAAUGAUUUUUAAUGUCUGUAUAGUCCAAGUUUCAUACAGCUGAGGAAGGGGCUUUGUGACAGCCGUAAACACACAGAUGAUUAUGGACAAAUUUCCUGUACUGUGUGUCUUUGUAUGCUUAUGAUUUUGUGUUGCACAUACAAAGAUUAUUAAAACAAACCUGCAUCUAGUAAAUCUAAGACUCUCUGUCUUUCCAGGUAUACUUGGUUUUACACAUUUGUGACACAUAUAUACAAUUUAGGGAGGUGGAGAUAUGAUUUUGUCUGAGUGUGUUGUUAAGUAAGGAGUCAGUGCUAGUUUGAAGGAUCAGUUAGUUAAAGCAGAAGUUGUGUCAGCAAUGAUCAAGCCAUUGUUUCCAGCGGUUGAUGAAGUGCUAAUGUGAGACCCUUCAGUGGCUGUAAACACACAUCAGGACAAAAUCCUUAACAUGCUUUAAAGCUGCUUUUUUUUAUUAUUAUUAUUUAUAGCUAACAACAAUCCUUCUACGACUGAUGUGUUUGAGGGCAGAUGGUCACUAACAGUUUUCCAGAGUUAUUUCUGAAGUGUGUAGUGAUGAACUUGCCGCCUACCACUGCCAAAUUUAAAACAGCUUGUGUAAUUUUGGAAAAUAUAUCAAAUAACAAAAGAGCACUAUUUAGAGAGAAUUAUGUCCUUACUUGCAUAAGGUUAUGCGUGUAAAAUGCCAUCUGGACAUCUUCUAGAUUGAAUGUAUUUAAAAUGACUGACAAAACAGACCAGGCUGUAUGCUAAAGAAGUGUAUAACCCUGUUUAAAUCAAUUUAUUUCACCACAUACCAAAAAGACUCAUUUUUAAGUCAACUUUUAACAAACUUUUUUUCGUCUCUUUUUUUUUUUUUUUUCUUCUUUUUCUUUUGUAGCCACUCAAAAACCUUUACGCAAAUGAUGGCUCACCUCUGCAUUCACGGCUUGGUCCGUACUUCUCUGAUGGCCGGCGGCGGGUGGAUUACGUGCUGGCAUACCACAUCCAGAAGCCGAACAGCAUCCGGCGGCAGUCGUCCAGGUUUGGAGACAUGAACUUUGUGAGACGGCUUCGACGCAGCAUGAGUAUGAGAAGUAGCAGAGCCCCGCUGCAGCCAAAGGAGGACCCAGAGAUCGCUGCCCAAGAGCAUCGGACUGAUUACCACGAGGAUGACAAGCGCUUCAGGAGGGAGGAGUUUGAGGAGAACCUCCUGGAGACUGGGCUGGAGCUGGAAAAAGACGAAGGGGUAAGAGGGGUCUUAAUGUUGGGAAACUGAAGAGCUGAAUGUUUUUAACGGCAAUAAUCCUUUUCUUUCAAGCUGUCCAAUCAAGCAUUUUCAUUUACGCCUUAAUUCAAUAGAAGCACUUUUCCUUUAUUGGUGUAAUAAGAAUACACUUCAUUAGUAACAAGAUAUUUCUUUCUGAGGUAAUCCUGUCCGAGCUUGCAUUCUUGUCUGCUACCAUGAUUGGUCAGGUAAAACAUUAGGUCUGUGUCUGCCAGAUGUGAAGCCACCUCAGGUAAUGUUUGCUGAGGUGUAAACAUCCAAAUUUCAAUUAAAACAGGCAGGAUCUUGAUUUGAAAAAAGACACAGUCUUCCAAGUUCUUUGCACGCAAUGAAUCAGUCUUAACACUGCACUGUGUGCAACACUAUGGGAUGUGGAGAAAUGAACAUACCCUAAUUUAUCCUUGCACAACAAGCCUUAAGAGGUACUUCUGGUGUCCCAGGUUGACUUUGUGGUUUAACACUUUGAGUAACUUCUGAAGUGGCCCAACAGGUCCUCAGAGGGAGAGGCAGGGUUAAAGACAUGGAGAAAGCCUCACCCAAAACCUUGUCUGAAGAUUGCUUGGAUGCUGGUGUCAUCUGGGUAAUGCACUGGUUUGACUCCCUUGGUCAGAGUCUGUGAUUUCAGCCCUGGUUAUCAGAGAUUUAACAAGACCUCAUAAGUUGUUUUGCUGUCAGAGGAUCAUGGGAAGGGGAUUUUGUGAACAUGAGAAGGCCUGUGUCUCCCAGACUAUCCUUUUGGCAGGACAAUCAGGGUUCAGUCGUUCAGUCUUCACUUACCUGGUACCAAAGUGUUCUUCAAAUUAAACCAAAUUUUUUGUCAGUAGUUGUCAGUGGUCCUUUCUUAUUAAAUCUGUUCAUAACUGCAAAUAAAAGAGUUUCAUGGAGUGGCUCAGGGUCUAGUAUCACGACCUCAGAACUGCCAGAGUGCUUUUCUUCAGACGAUGUUGCUCUGUUGGCCUUUUUCAGAUUGGAGUCUGCAGUGUGCACUGGGGUUAAGAGUAGUGGGAUACAAAUGACAGUCAGCACCACCUAGGUUGGGAGCAGAGAAAGUGUGUGUUGGUCCUUUUGGGUUGGCAGUGAUAAUAGAUUAUCUGUCUCAAGGGUGGGUGGAUUAGAGCAGCAGCAGUGUUACAGAGGUCUUGAUGGAAUUCGUGUUGUUUCUUUUUUUUUGAGGUAUGGCCAGCUGGUGUGACAUCUUGAGCUUGACUCUUAACACAUUUAGGAUGUAAUCUAGCUUUACCUGCUGUGAACGUGUCCAGACUCUAAAGUUAUGUAUACUUGAAAUUCUUGUAUGCUCUAUUUUUCAUUUUACUUCAUAUUUCCAUAUUUUUGUUCCCUCAACGCUGAACUCCUCCUCUGGGAUGCGGUACGGCAUCUCCUUUUUGAUCUGAUGGGGGGAAGCAACAGUCAGUUUGGCUUUAGUUGACAUUUCGGAGCAUUUUUUUAUUGAUUGGCUCAGUAAUGGAUAAAGAAAAGACAAGAUAAAACAAGAUACAGCAUCCAGCAGGGCCUGAGGUAGAUUCAGGUCACGUUACUGAAACAGAAGUGGAAAGUGACAGGACCAGCUCUCAAGGGAACUAAAAGGGUGUGAGAGAAAGAUUUGAAUUCCAUUUCAAUCAAUGCUUUACCUCUUUCUCACAAAGUGGAUUAAAGUCUAUUACCUCGGACAUUCAGCUGCUGAAAACGUCAAUAUGUCAGCCCUGCUGCUGUCACUGUAAUGGGUCUCUCUGAUUGUCUUAGGGAGCUUCUUGUCACAUAAUAGCUGUUGUAAUCUUUUAUUCAUGACCUGAUGCUUCAGGGGCGUUUAGGAUUAAAGUCAGACACCAUCUUUAACCACUGACCAAGCUCUGAAUUAAGACACUUUCUUCACCAGUCAGACUUCAUUGAAAGAAACAGGAGGAGCACAUGAAGAUUAUAAUUGAAUCACCGGCGAAUGGAAACUGAAAUGCUGUCACUGAUUUUAUUGAGCGAGUAAAAAAUGAUGAACAGACUGGAGUCUCAGUGAGUGCUGAGCAAGGGUUCAUAUCAGUGCUUUCAGCUCUGAGGGGCUCCAUACAUUGAUAAUUUAUUUACAGAUGCAGAAUGACAGCAUUUGCUAGUUAUCAGAAGAACACGUUCAAUACUUUACUCCUGUUUAGUAAAAGUGAGUAACUCUUUUUCCUAGUUAGAUAUAAACUAGUCUCCUCUCCUGUGAACUUCUCUCCUCUAUCUAUCUAUCUAUCUAUCUAUCUAUCUAUCUAUCUAUCUAUCUAUCUAUCUAUCUAUCUAUCUAUCUAUCUAUCUAUCUAUCUAUCUAUCUAUCUAUCUAUCUAUCUAUCUAUCUAUCUAUCUGCCUGUCUGCCUCUCUGUCUGUCUGCCUGUCUGCCUCUCUGUCUGUUCGUUUUUUUUAAAGAAUGUGAUUCUCUGUGUAAAGUUUAUUAAACUUGUUUAUCCUUCGUCUCUCAGGAGUUUUCAUUCUGGCAGGUUUAGUCAGAAACUUAUUAACUGUAAGAAAAUACAAACAGGGAUCUGUUUGAUAGUCAGCUUGUUAUUUUUGAAGUUAAUCCCCAUCUUUCUUUGAACCGACUCCAGAGAUUCACUUGAACAUCAGCGUGUUUAUUUUCCUUACCUAAAGUCCUCUAAACAUGGAUGUUUGUGUGGCUGUAUUCCUGGGAGUUCUUGUGUCACUCUUGUGUAUUUGCUAUGUGAGUAAAUCCAUGAGGAUGACAUUUAUUUUUGUCUCAGAUCUCUCUGUCAUUUCCUAGUCACUGUUCUUUAUGGAGAUAAAUGGACUCUUCAGCCAGUGAAUCAUCCAUUAAAGUUACAUGAGCAAACCUUCGACAGAACACAGCUGGAGUCGUAAUAUUUUCUGAACAAGGCUUUUAACAAAUCCCCACGUCAAAGUCUAAAUCUCAGCCUGUCGUGACAUGUCAGUCUGAAAGACUUGAAGUGUGGGGGCAAACUUUUAGCAGAUCACUUGACAACAUUAAGCAAGUAACAGUAGCAAGGAAACACUUUCUUUAAGAUUCAGAAUAAGCAGAAGCAAACUUUAGGUGAACAGAUGUCUGCCAUAAGUGUACAGGGUUUAAAAGGUGAGAGAGCCACAGGGAGAUGAACAGAGACAAACAGAGCAACAUGGUCAAAAAUAUACGCAUAAAGAAACAACAAGUAAGGAUUAGACAGUAUGGGAACAGGUGGUUCUGCAAAUUGGAAACCUGACAAUUUGAGCAAAACCCUGUUAAGAGGCAGGUGGUCUAGUCUCACCUUGGGGGGAUUCUAAAUUGCACUAACAGGUUGACACUGAAUAUUAAAGAUGAUUUACAGAAUCAUUUAUGCAGCGCAGGGAAAAAAAAAAAAGAGGUUUUCCAGUUUUCCACCUCCACAGUCUUCCGCGGGAAAAGAUUGUCAUCACCAUCCUUGCAGGAAGAAUUAACAUCAAACUGAACAUUUCAAAUGAUGGUCAAGAGACAUCAUUAGCCUGCAAAUCUGUUUAAACUCACAUUCAGUGAAACAUUUCCAUCAAAAGUGAGGUUAGACAAGGUAAGGUAAGGUACACUUUGUUAUCCCCCAGGGGCAAUCCUUCUUACAGCCAGCAGAAACAAAACACAAACAAAACAAAACAAACAAAACACAGUCGCUCAGUAAUCACAAGUAUAUACACAUGCUACAUAAUAUGGUUGGGGAGUCUGAUGGUGGCAGGGAAAAAUGAACUUUUAAGGUGGUUAGUCCUACACUCUGGCAGUGCUUACCUGCACCCAGAUUGCAACAACUUGUAUGCAUUGAAGAGUGGAUGGGUGCAAUCAGCUAAGAUAGCUAAGAUCAGGCCAUUUGUCCACUACUUGGACAAAUGGCCUGAAAUCUGUUGCCAGAGACGUUUCAGGGAUUUUGAGUUAUUCUGUGCUGCAGAUAGUUUAAUUGCAUUAACAUUUUUAAUCAGAUUAAUUAAAUGAUGAUGGAUUAUUCCAUAUUAACACAUCAAUUUUGACACCCCUAUUUAAAGCGUGAAUGAGGGUUAGGUUAUGACUUUUAGUAGUGAUGUUAUUAUCCCUACUGCUUAUGGUUGAAAUUACUUUGUAGAGAUCAGGAACUAAGAGAGGCUUUCACUCUCUGUAGCCUGGAUUACUGGACUGGGAUCCAGUCAUCCCUAUCAGAAAUAACUGGGGUCCUGUAGCUUCUCAGGCUGCUCUCACUAAUUUAACUCUCAAAACCAGACUGAGACAGAAACUUUGCCGCAGUGUUAACAGGCAGAGGGGGAAAAUUUCCUCAAUAUCAAAGUUGAUUCAAUAUCAAAUACUUAACACAGCUGGUUAAUGACUAAGAACUAUUGUUGUGUACAAAAUAAAUAUUAUAGAUUGUUGUAUCUGAUGGUAAAACUCGACAGAGGAUCCUACUUACGCAACACAGCAGCUUCUUGGCCUCCAAGGCCACCGUUGCUUAACCAACCAGAAGGGUGAGCAGGGGAGCGUUUCAGUCGAGAAUCCUUCCAGUAAUAUCUCCAUAUCUACAGACUUAAACUCAAGUUUAGAACUUUACAGUGACUGUCAACUGAGUACAGAUGUUGAAAUUAGAAGUUGCUGGUGUAAACUCUCUGCAUAUUCAAACUAAACUACCAGGGAAGGGGCUUAUGAAUAAACACAGAGGAGAAAGUAAUCAGCUCAAUCUCUGUGUUUCUUUCUGCAGAUUUAAAGUAAAUAAAGUAAAAUGUGAGUAUAAAGAUAAUUCUGACCCUUUUCUUCACUAAAACUCUACAGUCAGUUCAAACCGAUUUACAAACACAUUACCACAACACUCCAAAUACAAGCGACAGCCAGGAGAGGAUAGCUAAUUAGCACAAAUUGUCAUUAGUCACCAAAUUAUCCUCUAAAUUCAUUUAUUAAUAAUCACAAAUAUGUUAAUUCUUUAAUGAAUCAGAAAAACAUUUGGACAUAUAAAUUCAUAAUUACCUACAAUUAUAAUUACUAUUUAUACCAGAUGCCUCUGUCAGAGUACUCCUUAAGAAAUAUGAUUGCACAAUUAAGCCAACAUACUUUGAAAUGUCAUUUUUGAACCUGUCCCCUUUCUUUAAUAGAAAGCCACUUUGCCAUAAACAGCAUGGUCAUCCAGCCUUUUUGUGUAAUUGUUAUUUUAUCUUAUCUUGCAUGGUCUUAUUGCAGAAACCUUAUUUCACAACAGUUUACUUCAGUCAUCAGCUGGAGUUUUCUCAAGAGACAGAACAAACUUUUUGAACAGAUCAUGCUGUUUGAUCCUCAGUAAGUCGGCUUCUGUGAGUUGGUUGUUAUGUAUUUUUGUAACCAGACGGGUCAGUGUGAUGAGCUGAAGGGUGUGAAGUGAGUCUGGCAGUGUUUGAGUGGUUUACAUAACCGCAGAGGCUGCAGAAACAAUCUAAUGCUGCAUUAAGGAUGCCAGUUUGUGCUUAAGUAGAUGCAGGGGAUUUUCCUGGGACUUGACAGUGGAGCUUCAAAUUUAUCAGUAAACCAACAUGCAGCUUUGCCAACUGGAAUACAUGCCCCAAUCUGUUAACCAACAUGUAGAGUUUAAAGACUUUGUUUAUACAUUUUAGAGGGUGCAAACUAAGUCUCUGUGUUCUGCAGAAGGUCUUGUAUCUCAUGUCUUAUAUUCUGGUUGUAUUUCAGAGUAAGAUCCCUGGAAUUGGCUUCCUAAAGAUCCACGCUCCUUGGAAUGUUCUGUGUCGUGAGGCUGAGUUCAUGAAGCUCAAGAUGCCAACAAAGAAGGUACUCCUCCCUAAAGUAAACUGUCCUUUUGUCAAAUGCAUGUUCACUCUAACCUUUUCUUGCUCAGAGGCUGAUUGAACUGGCUCCAAGAGCUGCAGUGCUGGGCUAAGAGGUGAACAAUACGAAGAUGAUUUUUUCCUCUUCCUCUGUGUCUCUGUGACUCUGACUCUCCAACAAAACCGUUUUAUGGUGAAAGCAUCUGCUUUCAGAGGAGUAAGAUUUAAUAAAAAAAAUCCAAUAAGGCUGCAAAAUGCACCAAUAUCCACUCAGCGUUUGUCAAGUACUAUAAUGUAUUCUUUUCCCUCUGUCAUUACAAUCCACAUGAGAGUUAAAUCAACCCUACAGUCAACCCAACACAGCAUACUGACACUGUGGGUCUGGAGAUGACAUAUUUUAUUCCAAUUUCCAAAGUUGGAUUUAGACUCUGUGACAGCAGACUGAACUUUUUUAAAGGACUGGACUCACAGUAACUAUACAAGUUUUAGCUGGUCCGCAGUGUUUUAAACUUUAAUGGAGGUGUCCCUCAUGGCUUUAGACUUGUCCUCCUCUAUUCACAACAGACAAAAAACGCAACAUCUACUCUUAACCUGGCCACUGCAAACCUACAGUCUUCCUUUAAUCAAUUUUAAAUCCCCCGUAUCAACAAAAACUCUGAGAACAAAGCUGCCCAAAAAACAUGUAGGGGUUGUACUGUAGAAGUUUUAUUGCAAAAAAACUAAAAUUGUUGUCAAAGUGACCCUCUGUUUAAAUCUUUGCAGGUUUACGAAGUGAAACAAGGCAGUAAUGUGGUGGAGAAGGUCCGGCUGUUCAUUCAUAAAGUCACAGCUCCUCUCCACCCCAAAGUAGACUCCAACAGGCCUGAAAGCGUCAAAUCCCUCUCUCACCCUUUCUCCAGAGAGAAGCAGCAUCUGUAAGUAACAUCUUUUGUAUCAGCACAUGGGAUAUUUGUGUCUGUACAGAUAACCUGAAACUAACCAAAUAAAAAGCAACAAAUGUCAAAUUUUAUAAAAGUUUUAUAACUUCUAAUCUUUCAUUGACGAGUUGAUGUCUUUGUGUAAUGACCAUAGAUUGUAUAUAGUAUGGACACCGUCUGCCACCUCACUGGGUGAAGCCACCACAAGAACAGCACCCUCUGGUGAUGGGCUGCAGUAUAGGUCAUAAAUCCCACCUCCUCCAGCAACCCAUAUGGAGCUGUGGACAAACUUUAGAAACUAAUUACACAGAAUAUAGAUUUUUCUCCUCCCUGGUUUUGAUGUUGACAUGUAGUUACUGUACAACUGGUUUGUGCUCAAGUCCUCUUUUUUCUGUACAUCUCCAUUUUUAAAAGUUAUUAGGGGGUUCAUGUUUUCUAUGAUUGACACCUUAUAAAGAUUGCGUAGCUCACCCGGGGGAUACGCUGUUUGAGCUGAGUGUCAUCACAGCGACUCUCCUGCAGAAUGCGUACAACAUUACCGCACAAAUGGUGGUUCCAGGAAGUGGAGAAAUCCUGGAAAUACCGAGAGCAAUUCGGCUUCAAAUUCGUAUAAUGACGGAAGGCGGAACCAAGUUGUCCAUAGUAUAUACAUCAGUGGCGGCUGCUGGUCUUUCAAGGAGGGGAAGCUCAUUUUUCUGGCCUACAUCAUAAUUGUAUUUGUUUAUUAGUAUGUAACAGAACAGAGUCGCCAAACACAACGGCAGUCGUUUUUAACAAAGACAUAAGUCGCUGGGGAUCGGUAAAGUCUCUGGAGCAGUUAAGAACAACGGAAUGAAUAACUUGGAAAAUGCUUUGGUAGAUGUUUUAUUCUUCAAGAUCGCUGAUUCGCUUGUUUAGCUGUCAUUAAAAAAAGGAUUUCGCCUCAGACAGCUCAUCCAAUCAUGGAUGCAGAAGCUUGGAGUCCGGGAGAAAGUCGGGACCGCCCUCUCGCCAUAGAACUCCAGUGAAGCUGAGCUUCCGAUGGGCGGGACACAGCCCAGCAUUUAUCCAAUGAGCGUCUAGUUUCGCUGCUGGAACAACCCACUUUAAGCUUCCACAUUGAAGUCAGCAGACUCUGAGCGUCCGGCUGUUUAAAGCGCUGAGGCGCUGCGAGGAUGAAUGAGAACGAAGUUAUGCCGGUUACCUGUGAUUAUCAGCUUCUUAUCACAGUGUCUGAACAAAAGUUGAAGGCUUUCUAGUGCGUAUUUAGUUAAUGAAAUGUACACACAGUAGUACGUACUUCACCACUUUUUCUUUUUUUUGGGGGGUGACAUUUUAAGGGAGGCUGAGCUUCCCUUGCAGUCUUAGAGCAAUCGCCACUGAUAUACAUUCUAUGGUAAUGACACAAUCAGAGUUUGGUUAAAGCAGAUUGGGGUUAGUGAUGCACUAUUUCAUGCGGGCUUAACUUCACAGAGUCUGCAGACUCCAGUAUGGUAAGGCUUUUGCUGUUGAGUUCCUACUUGAGGUCCUGAGAGAUGACCGUGCCAAUGAUGCAGACAGACCCUAACAUCCUUUAUAGAGUUACAGAGGAUGAUAAGGGGGGAGUGGGAGUGGAGUCUGUUAGUAAUCUAUAACCUUUCCCAUUUUCCUCAGACCUUUUAUCUGUAAUUUGUUCAGAAGGCACCAGAACACUAACUGAUUAACCGCAGACAAGUGGACUGAAGUGUCUUUGUCAGAGUUGAGCUUAAAGAGGAUGGAGUCAUCAGCAAACCUCAGAAGUUUGAGUGACCGAUGACUGGAAGCACAGUUCAAGGGGUGCAGGUGGAGUUAAAGGAAGAAGAGCUGCAGCUGUGGAAAAAUCUUGUGCUCAGUCUUAGAAAUGCUGGUAGCUGCUGAGGUGCACUUACAUGUUUUCGCCCCUUCGCUUGAAAUUUCUCUCCAUCAGUGCACAUACAUGAGAUCCUGUUCAUACAUGCAUGUGAAGUAUGUUCAACUCCAGAGUGAAAAAAUGGCACACAAUUUUUUUCUUGAAAGAAGAAGUGUGGACCUGUGUGGAGUGAGCUCUGUGGAGCUGCAGCUGGCAGCAUAACAGCCUUGAUAAAUGAACUGCAGACAAACAUGUUAUUAGUCUUCAUAAGCAAAUACCUGCAUUCUAAUGUUGAAUCUUUACUGAUAUGGAUUUUUAUGUAGGAACAAUCUGUUUCUCACUUGCAUUCAUUUUGCCAUAUUGAUCAGUCAGUUUUAAAGGGUCUCAUUGUGUUAAAGACAACGUGUGUAAAACAAAGUAGUCGAAGAAUAUUGGUCCAGUACAAUGGUCCCUAUGCUAUCAGCAGAGCACCAUUUUUCAUUGCAUUGAUCUCUAUUAACAGGAUCCUGAAAAGGAAUGUGGUUACAAAGCAGUCAUAAAUCAUUUUCUCAACAUUCAGUUUGCUGAUCUGCUUGUCAGCAAACAGUGAACAGAAAAGGAAACCAUGACAAUGUACCGGUCUUAAGUUAUCCAUCCACUGGAUUUUGGUACAGUAUUAUUCUAGGACAUUCACAUUGUCCUCAUAGGUUAAUUGCUCACUAGAUAAUAGUGCAUAGGUGUAUUGAUUACUACGAUGGCAAACAAAGGUAGAGGAUCAACAACGGCCUAAGCUAUCUUCAAUAAGAGAAAAAACAACAGCAUAAGUCAAACACUCCAAUUCCAAACUAAAUGCAAAUGGUCCCGGCCUAUCAGAGUGCUCGGUGAAACUGCUUUAUUACUGUCCAGAUAGUGAUGAAAACACUGAAUUUAUCAGUUAUUCAUGAUAAGUUCAAAAAUUAGUUUGAGAAUUUACUGAACACUUUGGCCAUGAUGAUCGUACAGACAGAUUGUAGAUUACCACGACAGCAGCAGAAAUAGACAGACUCCCCUCAGGUGGAUGGUUUUACUAAUCUAGAUGAACAAUAAUUCUGCUCUGUGUAUUUGCUGGAAUUAAAACACUUUACAAUAUUUUAUGUUUGUUAAAAUUCUGUUGACAGAGAGCAGGGAGUAAAGUAAGGAAACUCAGACAUGGUCAUUUCUCAUCAGGCCGUCAUCCUCACGCUGCUUUAUGUCUCAGCCAAAGCAGAACUGAAUUUGGCUGCUGUAGCCACACAGAGACUGUCAUGAUUGAGACAGCAUGAAGAAAUAACAACCGCAGAGGUGUAAAUUGGAAUAAAAUUCAUCCAACGGGCCUUCCAAACUGUCCAACUUGAGUGUGGCAAAACUGAAGCGUGAUGAACUCUUGUUGCGUGUAGCCAAGGCCUCCUCCCCUCAGCUUCCUAUCCCAGGAGGAAACAAACACAGCAAGCCUGAAUCAUGAGAAUAACUUACAUUUUUUUGGACACCAGGUUGGUGGGUUUUAAAUAGCUAAAUUAUGCAUUUAAACUGAUUAGACAAAGAGAGGAGUCAUGACUUCUCUGCUUCCUGUUCAGUCAGGACUUUCAAAGGCAGUGAUCAGAAGAGAAGAAGAAAAUCUUAGCAUAAACGUCCGCCUGCUGGGACGUAUGGAGGAGAGAGUGGGCAGUGGGCAGCUAUAUUUACAGCUCUGACUAACAGCGAGCUAGAGAUCUCCCUCCACACCUUCCUUAUCCCUUUAAUCUUUGGCCGGUUUGAAAUCAUUUAGUGCCAGAUCCAUGAGAUUACAGAUCAGUAUUGAGAGAAAUAUAGAUCUGAACAACUACUGUGUGUUUGAUGGCUCUGCAUGAAGGCUGUCUUUUCACUGAAUCAUGCAAUUCUCAGAACUAGUAAUAUAUGAGAAUUAAUACUGUAAAAUGUCAAGUAUGAUGUCAGAUCAUUGCUCAUUGUAAACAAACAAGGACCACUUGAACAGUUUCAGUACAGGUCUACUAGACUGACCGGCAGCACAAGUACCAGCUGACUGACAGCAGCAGCCCACUCAGUCAUUUUAAUGAACCACUUUUAAUGUACACUCUGGAGAGUGCUGUCCUCCUGCUGAUCAAACACAGGCUGAGAAACAUAGAAGGUGUUAUAAAAACCCUGCACACAGUUAGCCACUUCAUCUACAGUAUUUCAAACGUGGAUGCAGGUGAGUUAGCUGGACUAAGACUGGUUUGAAGAGAAAGCUGCAGGUCAGGUUUGACGUGGGCUUAGAUCAGAUCGGGUGUACAGAAAUCAGCAGACUCACAAGUGUCAGGAUGUGUGUCACAGAGUCACAGCGAGCUCUCAGAGGCUGUCAGCUGAAGAUGGGUUGCGAAACUUUCGGUGUUGAAAUCGAAGCCUGCUUUCACUUUUCUGUAUCACACUGACGCAGCAUGUGCACGAUCAUGCACCACGUGACUUCUGUUUUUGUACUUUUGGUCCUCUCUUUGGAGGUCGUAGCUGGACCAUGAGAUGUUCAGACUGUUUUUUCAACAGAAGAUUGUAGCUCAGGUCUAGGAUUAGGCAAGAUUUAGUCUGAUAUGUGUGUUUGGGGCUGCUUAAAGCUGAAAUGAUUGUCUAUCAGAUAGACAGUAAAGCUGAAGUUAUAUUCUUCAAUUAUUCAGCCUUGGGGAAGAUGCAGGACCAUGAGCAGGACCAUACGCCUGCAUUUAUUUAUGUUCCACUCCAUAAAACUUAACUUUGCAAAUGUUGACUCUUAUUCAUAUGUAGUAAUCUCUCUUUUUCUUCUGUGUAGGGCUGGGCGAUAAGAGAAAAAGUUUAUCAUAAUAUAUUUUUUUCCCAUCAAUCAAUAUUGAAAUGUAUCACAAUAUAAAAAAAAACACUUGUCAAUCUUAAAUGUUCCCUGUUACUCUUAAAUAAAUUCAAACAUAUGUCCUCGACAUAAUUUGCAGUACACAUUACUCUGCUUCACGGCCGACCUUAAAAAAACAAAAUACCUCCACACCACCGGCGUUUUCGUGCCAGUGUUGAGAUCAUCAUCUGUUGAGUCUUCAUCUGCACUUCAGCCGGAGGAAGCACUUAUUUUCAUCUCACCGUCAAGACUGUUGGUUUCAUGUGUUACAGUGUUUAUGGCUGCAGUUAGCCUGCUACUAAGCAGUUGUUUGCUACUUGGUUCUAAUUCAGCACAUGAUUUUUCAAGUGCUAAGCGGACCCUGAGCAACUCUAUUUGUAUAGUCUACUAAAACAUGGCAGAAUGCCGACUAUCGAAAAGCAUAUUGAUCACAUUUUAUAUUGAUAUCAAGGGAAAUUAAUUUUUGAUACAUAGCGUUAUCGUUUUAUCGCCCAGCCCUACUGAUAAGUAUAAGUAAAGAGGGCAUAUUGUUCUGAUAUGCUGCAACCAAAAUUCAGAAAAGGUGAAAUCGAGGCUACAAUCCUGCCUGCUUUGUUUUUGCUUGCAGAUUCGACCUAUCUGACCGGGACAAGUUCUUUGACAGCAAGACCAGGAGCUCAAUAGUAAGUGCUGCCUCUUACUCUCUGGUCAAGGGAAAUAUAAAAUACACAGUAUACUUUAGCAGCAGAUUUUUGGCCAUCUUGACUCUUUAGAGCAGAAAUGUUCAUGUGUGGAUAACAGAAAGCUAAAUUCAUGAUGGACUCUAAAUCUUGACUUUGCACUCAGUGCUUAUAGAGUACACAAUCUAGUCUAUGGUGUAUAAACAUAUAAGCACUUGCUCCAAACAGAAAAAUAUUAGGGCCUCACACCAAAAACAGAUUAUGAUGAAGCAGUCCAUGUUACCAAAUGAGUCUGAGUCCUCUUUUACAUCCUUCAAGUCUAACUGCUAUCAGUUCUUUAGUCCAAAUCAAGUCACAGAAAUCAGGACUGGAGUCAGACAGCAGCUGUUUCCUUAGUUCUAGUCUGACAACACAGUAUUUUUUCCCAACAUAAACUUAACUUCUCAUCAGAAUAACAAAAGAGCAGUUCUAUUUCUAACUUGUGGUUUAUACAAAAAGGAAACCAUGAAAAGGAGAUCGAACAAAAAGCUUCCCACCUCUUGUCCAUCAAAUCACGCAGACCUGUUAUAUCACACUGAGUCUUUGGCUGGCAGUCUGGUUAGAAAUGAAGGGGAGAGACUGCAGGAGUUGGGAGAUGCCAGAUGUUGAAACUGCAUGCUCUGUGGCUGCAACCAAUCAUCUCCCUGAACAGCUUUCACACUCUCACACAGUCAAUCAUUUCAGUCAGUAAAACAGCCCUCCUCACCUGCAAACCACCACACAUCCUGCACAGCAGAGACAGAGGAAAUCCAUCCAAAACACAUGCACAGAGAAGAUUAGAGAAUACAUACAGAGAGAGAACAAGAAAAUGAGAGCGAGAGAAACAUUCAGAUAAAAAGCUCCUUUCAAGAGGAGUCUUUAGCUAUGCAUCCCUUUCUAAGGAUUUCUGAAGAGGAACAGGAAACACAAGGAGGAGCUAAUGGAAUAAACUCAGCUGUUCAUUUACUUACUCAGUCAUCAUUAUCACACCAUUUCUGUUCUCCAGAACCUCCACAAGUAUCUCAUUCCCAGUGCACUCAGUGAAAAGUCCUUCUCUGAUCUUAUUGAGUGAACACUGGUUUGUUUGAAGGAAAGUGUUCAGAGAAAGCUUUUUCCUCAUGUAGUCACUGAUACUACUCAAACCUCCCACCCUGUGGUGUGGAACGGUCUUUAGUGAUUUUCUGCACAGACCUGAUUUGCACCUGUCUUCAAGAUCUCAUGGUGGAUUUAAGAUAACUGGUUGUUACAGGUCCCACUAAACAUGAACGAGCAUCACACACAUGUGCACUGACACACACAUACAAACAUAAAUCCACUCUGGCCUUAGAGCGACUUGACUAACCCUCUGGAUAAUGUGAUUGUCUUCUCAUUACUGACUGAGCUCCUCGAUUGCUCCUGUUGGCUUUCUGUUAAGCUCCAGUCUCAUCAAUAAAGCUGUGUGGAGGGCUAUGUGCUUUACUCCAAGGACAGAUGUACAAAGUCAGCAAUCCACCUGAGUCUCUCUCCAUCUAAUCCAGCUCCCCCUCCUCAGCUAUGUUCUCCUGAUUUUAAAUAUAAUGUCAAAUAUGAGUUUAAAAUCUGCUUCAUGUAUCCUCAGGUCUAUGAGGUGCUGAAGAGGACAAGAUGCACCAGGGCCAAAUACUCCAUGGGUAAGACUUCUGACUGGGGGACAAUCAAGCAAGUCAUGUUGACACUUUUACAUCAUAAUUACCUCUCAGAGGAGGUGCGAUUAUCUCUGCCAGCAUGCCAAACCUUUUCUACUUGUACUUUUCUGUCAUCUACAAAGUGAAGUGUUGGCUGAAAGUGGCUGAUAACCGCUGAGAUUAUCCAGCCCUGGCUGAGUUCGACAGUCUCUUGAGUGUUAUGUAAUUGUCAGUUGAAGAAUAUAUAUAUAUAUAGGAAAUAUGUUCAGGUUUGUUUUGGAGGCAGAAAUACAACAGAACUAUAAGAGUAGAGAAAUACAAAAAGGGUCGAUUAUAAGGGUAAAUAAACCUUAAGGACUGUUGGAGAGAAACCCUGUUGGGUCGUUGUUUGCUCCACACAGAUCAGGAGGUUUAGCAGUGAAAGCAGCUCAGAAAUAGUCCAUUACAUAAAUAUCAGGAGAUUCCAGUUGUAGUGGUAGAAGAACUUCAAAGAUGGGUAAACUUGUGCAUCCUGCUGUCUUGGUAUUAUUAAACUGAAAGCUGGAUGCAUGUUGAAAUAUUACAGCUUAUCUCUGCAUUUCUGUGAAGAUUUAUGAACUUAUACCUGCUGUCUUUGACGCUGCAGUGUUUCUAGAGGUUAACCAUCAUGAGACCUACUUCUAAUGUGAUUAUCAUCGAUAAUCAAUAGAUAAUACUAUGACAAUAAUUCAUCAUAAUCAUUUAUUUAGGCUUCAUUUCUGUCAGUUAAAGGGAUAUUCCAAUGUAAAUUUAAGUUGUGGUCAAACACACCGCAACACAGAGUUAAACACCCUCUCAAAAGAUGAAUGUUGCAGACUGCUUGCUUCUCUUGUUAAACUAACCUUAGAAACGACCACACAACAGCGAUACACAGCGGUCUAUGUCUCCACACACAAACCUCAACCAAAACACAACUUAAUAGCCACAAAUAAUGCUCAGAUCAGCGCCUAACUUCAUCAACAGUACAUAUAACGUCCCAGCCAUAGUACUAGCCACUAAACAUCUUUUUAGCCCUGCCUGGUUUCUUUAGCAAAGAGACAAACACAACUCUCCUACUCUCUUCCAGCAGCUGCUUGUUUGUGGGGGAGCCCUGACGAGUUGAUCACAGAGUGCAGCAGAGUUUUGCAGCACGAGGAAGAACAUUUAUGAUCAUUACUUAAUGGAAAUGCAAUCAGACCGAGACACUAAUGCAGAGGAACUACCGCGUCUGCAGUGCAAAAUGAUUAAUAUUAUGAUGAUUAUUACUUCAAGGAAAUGAUCCGCUGCACUCGGUGAUCGACUAGUCAGGGCUCACCCACAAACAAGUGGCUGCUAGAGUGGGUGAGUUGUGUUUAGUCUCUUUGCUAAAGAAACCAUGCAAAGCUAGUACUACGGCUAGGACCCUAUAUGUAUGCACAGACUGGUGUCUAUUGCCAUUGUGCAGUCAUUACUAAAGUUGGUAUAACUAGAGAAGCAAGCAGUCGGUAAUGUUCGUCUCUUGAGUGGGUGUCUAACUCAGUGUUAGGGUUUGUUUGACCAUAACUUGAAUUUAUGCCAGAAUAUCCCUUUAAAGCAACUUUUUAGAAGUACAGUCUGUGGCAAAGAUCUGGCAUGAGAAACCAUGAGAAAUAGCGAGAGCAGAUGACAAAUGUAAACUAAAGCUUUUGGACUAAAAAAUAAGUCUGUUUUCUACCCAUUGUAUUAGUAUGUUAAUAUUUGGAUUUAUUCAGCCUGCCUGACUGUGACUGACUCUGUAUUGGUGUUGUUAUAAUGAAUCCCUGUGGUGGGUUUAAUCCAUGUAUAAACUAAAUAAAUGAAAAUCAUAAAAAAUCUGAUCAGGCCCACAGUUGUCCUCUGAGGUUCACCUCUACUGUACGUGCUGUAACAAACUAGUCGAGCCUUAUCUAAUAGCUUAAAGCCAGAUGCUUGAACUCAAAAUAAGUAAUGCAGCAUCCUCAGCUUGUUGGCAGUUUUACACUGCAUAUGUGUUUGUGUUUGUUUGUGUGUAUGUGUGUGUUUCCUAGCCUGCACGAUAAUCAGCUGAAUAAUUCCUUUUGCAGGGAUCACCAGUCUGCUCGCUAACGGUGUUUAUACAGCUUCUUAUCCUCUGCACGAUGUGAGUAUCAGCAUCACACUCCAUGAACACCUCAUUGGUCUGAGAACGAGUGAUAACUUGUUGUUUAUUUACCGUGAAAUUGACUGCAUUUUAAGUAAUAUCUAAUGUGAAAAUCGACAAAGCAGCUGCAGCUUGUUCCCCUGUAAUGUAUGUAAAAUAAUCCUGUUUGUGACGAGGAUUCAUCUCAUAGCAUGUGAGAAAAUUUGUGUUAUGAAGAACAUUAUUUGCUCUGAACACAACUAUCGCAGCAUAUUACUUCGAAUUAAACAAGCCGACUGAGUGUGUUUUUAACAUGCUUACAUGUGUCCAUCACAGGGAGACAUCGAGGGUGUGAGUGCAGGACCAAAUGACAGGAAGGUAAAUCCACCAGUCAACACUGUGACCACAUAAACACCAUUAGAACAAGCUGCUCAUCCUAACCUGUCUGUCCAAAGAAAACACCAAGAGAUAAUAAAAACACGUCUGAAACCUGAUUUUAAGAGGCUCAACCAAACCUUUCCCCGUAGCCAGGUCUGCCAACCAAAAGUCAAUUAAUCAUCAGUCAGUCUUUAUUUAUGUAGUGCCAAUUCUCAAGAAGUGUUAUCCCAAGAGGUUUAACAAAGAAAGCUGGUCUAGACCAGACUCUGUUUACAGAGACCCAGUGUAAAGAUGGGAUCAGACUGAGCCCCAUCCUGUAAGCUCAGACCCACUCCCAUCUCAUCUUCAACCUCAUGAGUGAAACACUUAACAGCAUUUAGAGAAUUACAGUGGAGAGCAGGGCUGGACAAUAAUGGCAAAAAUAAUAAUCAUGAUUAUUUUGACUGAUAUUGAAAUCACGAUUAAUAAUCACGAUUAUUCAUUGAUUCCAAAACUUGAGUAUUGAUUAAACCACCAACACUUAACUUUAAAUAUAACUUAACAGCCAGAAAUAAAUGAAUGACAAGUAAACAAGUAACAAAAAUAACAAUAGAAAAUUUAAAUAAUAAUUAAUAAAAAUAAAUACACAAUCUACAUGCACUCCUGCAAAACUUGCAGCAUGCAAAACACACUUACACAGCCAGAAAAACCCCAAAAUACUCUUUGAAGGUUUUUUAAAAACAAAAAAUAUUGUCGACAAAGUGCUAUACUUCCUCAGCUGUGUGAUUGCCGAUGACUUGUUUAUGCUAAUACUCAGCGCACGCAUGCUCUGAGGUCCAUUGCCCAUGUGAUAUAUGAGUCUGAGUUCGAGCCAGAUAAAAAUAAAUAAAUAAAUUAAAAAAAAAAACAUUUUUAAGGUGUGGCGGCUUUUAUUUAGCCAUGGCGGUGCGCCACGGUCAAUUGCAUAUAGGGUAAACCCUGAAGUUGGUCCUGUUGCCUUAGAGAGCAGACACGACGGCAUGACAAACAUUGCAAACAAUGUCCGUCAACUUGAAGCCAAAAUGUUUCCAGACAACUUAAAGUUGUCCUACCUUUUUUCUCAACUACAGGCUGCCUUUCUGCCAUGAUUUUAAUCGCUCGCUCCUCAUAUUAUUGAUACACACAUCACACACCUGCUGCAGCUUCAUGUAACAGGGGUGCAUUCAAGGUGUUUUUUUCAGCACAGGAACUUACAUACAUGCCAAGCUGCAUGCAGAGGCACAUUAAUCGUUUUUCUUCAAUUAUAAUGCUUUUAUGAUCAUGAGAAGCCAAAAUCAAAAUCAUGAUUAAAAUUGAUUAAUCGUCCAGCACUAGUAGAAAGGAAGAGCUUCCUUUAACAGGCAGAAACCUCGAUCAGAACCAGACUCUUGUGAGACAGUCAUCUGCUGAGACUGAGCUGGGUUUAGAGAGGAGAGAGAGGGAGAGAGAGAGAGAUGGACAGAAGAGAGACUAAAAACAUUUUUAUUUUUUUCAAACUGGUUUCUUUUUUUUUAAACAGUUUCACAGGUUUCCUCUUUAUCAGCUUCAUCCCUAACACAACACAAAUCACAGAAAUAACAAGUUAGUCAGUCACUUAAUCUGUUCCACCUCGAGGGAUUGUUUGUGAGGAACCAAGCAGAACAGAAAACCAGGCGAACAUGGUAGCUUUAUUUUCUAUUUCAGAACCUUUUGUUCCCACGGUAAGAGAAUAAAAUGAACCAGGCAAAGUGAAAGAACAUAAAAGCUCAAGCUGAGUCUGAAGCCGUCUCCUCCCCUGCUAACACUCUCAAUAAUUAUACUGUGGGCUGAGAGUCACUAAGGAAACAGUCUAAUAAUCCCCCUCUGUUGUACUCAGGCUGAAAAGCUGCAGCCUUCACGGAACAACACUUUGAUAUUUCACAUGUUCGAGAAAUGUUUUUUUCCUGGUCUGUAGUAACGAUAAUGUAGAUAUUCAGGGUUGUAAAUGAGGUGUUGUUUCUCAUUCUGGCUCACUCUGCUGUGAUAUGAACACUCCUCUGGGACUCCCUACUCUGGUUCAAAUCGUUUACUUCUUGUUCCCCGAUGUGCUGCUCUGCCUGUGAAAGGAGCAUGUGAUUGCGUUUGUCAGAGUUUCACUGUGAUUUAUGUUCACUUUGCCUGCAAGAGGAAGAGCCAGAGCGCAAACUCAGUGGGCUGUGUGAUGAUAAUCACGCAGCAGUGAUUUGCAUUUAAAUACGUUUGACCACAAGGCCCCUGAUCACACAGGGUAUAUGCACACACACUCUCAAGUACACAGAUGUGUUGCUUCAUAUCACAAAUUACACAGAUUUAUUUUUCACACAGGAACCUUCUCACACAUUCUUCUAGACAGCAUCAUUUAUCACUGUAUAAUUUAUGUCUUUAAUUAGCACCAAAACUCAUGGUUUAACAGUUCAGGUGAAUACUGCUGAGCACAAACACACACGCAGCAACAUUUUAAUACAGGAAAUGAAGAAAAAGCAGCUUGAAAUAAGUAAUUAGUGCUCAAAUGUGCUGAAAGUCAAUAAGGCAUUUUCCCCCUCCAUGUUACUGAACCAGCAUUGAGCUGUAACUUACAAAGCAAUAAAUCUACUUAGUCCAUACAUACAGGCUGCACAUCCAUAGACAAAUGCAGGUUGGUCAAUACAACAAAAAACCCUGAUUAUGUCUGCUGUGCCUGUGGUCAGUGUUAACAUUAAAGCACUAUUUAUAGCGUGUUGGUUGUAGUUGGAAAGGCUGGUAAUUAAAAGAAACCAGUGUUGACUGUUCUGUAAAAACAAGGGUGUUAUUCCAGUGAGGAAAUGUCUUUUUGUGCUCCACCCUCAGUCUCAUUUACGCUCUGAAAUCUUUCCAAAUAGUUUCCUCUGGAGCCAUCAUCCUGUCAGGGCAUGCUCUGUUAAUGAAUGUUAAUAUGCUUGUCUUGGUCAUGAUCUAGAAACCACAACAGUCAGAUUUGUAAGUGAAGCUUUUGGAGCUUUGUGGAUUGACUUUACACGAGGCUUCAGGCUUCACAGUGAUUAACAUGUAGGAACCGGGUGGAAGAGAAAAGUAGCUCUGGAAUCACUUUUUAUAGAUUUGGAUAAAAUAGAUCUUUACUUGUGGGUCGAAAUUUUAUGGGAUUCCAGUAUGGGAAGUAUAUAGCCUGAGGCUUGUUGAUCGAUCAGGUAUCAGUAGGCCUUGGUGUCUGCAGGUAAAGCAGUCCAUAUAAAGAGAAAAAGUGAGCCUUCUUAUAAAGUGUCAUCUCGCUCUCCUAAGUGAGAAUCUGAUGAUUGUUUUUUUUUUUUUUUCCUUCUGUAAACAGAUAUCUGCAUGCAGCUGCAGCUAACAAUCUGUCACCUUUCUGACCUUUGACUUUGGUUACAAGUCUGCUUGUUUCCUUGUCACUGAAGCCAAUUGGUGUUCAGGUUUCCUGAUGUCUUUAAAUGCAUCAGAAGUAAACACCCUAUCCUUUAUUAAAACAACAAAAAUGUUAAAGUUCGUGUCCUUGUGAGACCAUACGCACUGAUGAGGUCAGAGACUGUAAUGUGCUGAGAUGUUCGUGGUGUCUUAUAAUCUAGUUGUUAAAACUGAUAUUAAAAUUCCAACUUCCUGACUUAUCUGAGGGUUAGAAAAAAAAGAAAAAAGGUAAAAUUGAGCACAAAAGACACCACUGAGCAUGGGCUUCCUGCAUCAGUGAGUAGACCAUUUUGAAAUUACUCUGACAGGUCUGUGUUAGAGGAGCUGGCACAAGCAGCCUCCAGUCCUCCCUACUGGCACAAGUUUACCUGCCUGUGCCUGAUAUACAUUAUAAUGUUACAGCAGAAACUUUUAAUAUGUACCACAGCUCAGACGCAACACAAAAUUUUCAUUCUGGCUCUACAAUAACAGAAAAAAAGGUGAGAGGUGAGUGUUCUACGUGUGAGGGUGACACACAUCUCUAAUUAUAAUAAAAAUAAUAAUUAUUAUUUAUUAUUAAAUAAAUAAUUUAAAAAAAAAGAUAUCAAUGCUGAUUCAAAGUUCAUUUGUACCUAAAAAAGAAGCUUGAGAAUAUCAUCAAAGAAAUGGAAACAGAGAAAAGUGAUGUUUAGUAAAGAUACACUGCAGCACUGGACCCGCCAACAAUAACCCAAUUAUUUAAUAUGCAACGACUGCUUCUGCAUUAAUGAAGUAAUGAGAUUUUUUUUUCUCAGUCCAGAUUUUUUGUGGGUGUAACAAUGUUCAAUUUCAUGAAAAUGUAGAUCUGUAGAUGGAUUUAACUAUGAGACAAUGACUUGUUAGGAAAGUACUAAUCAUUGGAACCAUGUUAAACAAACAGUGCCAGAUUCAAAGACUAUAAACUUAUUGUGAAAUGAUAAAAUAUUUCCCUGGCUGUGCACAUCUUUAUGCUUUCUAUGAAUUGGAAAGAGGGAUCUGAUUGUAAUUCCUCUUUCAUGGCAAAGUCUUGCCUGGAGUCAUGUUGUGAAUAUCGAAGCACCAGUGGUUAAAAUCAAUGCAAUUAUAGACGGUUGUGUCUCCAAGGAGCUGACAAACCCUCACAAACUGACUGCGACGAAGUUAGCUCUUUUCUCUGAUCUGUUCAAGAUCUCUCAUCAUCUCACCAUGACUAACCUUUAAUUGAUGAGUGUUUUUUUUUUUUUUUUUUUCAAAUCUGCAGCAUUUUGUGUGCAUUCACAAGACAAUGCUUUACCAGUGGGAGUGGGUGUGCAUAUCAUUACUGUCAUUUCAUAUUUGAUAGUCUGCCCACAUCGAUGGUGCGUUACAUAUUAAAGAGCCAACAGCAAUCCCACCCGGACCACACUGUGGUCUCUGUUUAAAGAAAUGGUGAUAUGUUGUGAGGCCUGCAGGUCUGACCUAAUUGCAUUGAUUUCUUGUCACCAGCACCUCCUCUAGAUGUGUGACCAUUUUACUGUUUUGUCGCCUUAACACCACAAACCUGGCACAAGUGUGAACAUGCUGCAUCCUCCUUUUUACAGCAUAUAAUGCAAAUAUAAUCUCUGAAAUAUUAAUCAGCAGAGUAUAAAAGCACAGAGAUGAUGACAUAAUGAGUCUUCUUUUAUAAAUCUGUAGACAGUAUGGAUCCUUGCUUGUUAAAAGUUCCACACUACCACAGUCUUAGCCCAGUGUAAAGAAUCAAUACCUAUUACCAUUCACAUUCAACUUUGCUGCAUUUUAUUUGGAAGUUUUCCAAUUUGCAUUUGUCUGUCUUUAAAGUAGCAUGUGUCAGCCAGUGCAUUUCCAUGGUCUCCAGUGUCUCGUCCCCAACAGUUUUUUGUUUUUUUUUAAAGUUAGUUUCAUCUAUGUGCAGGUAAUUAUCGUAUCUUCAUUCAGAGACUGAGCUAAGCCUUCAUCUGCAGAACCUGGAGGACACUAAACAAAGACAGGACACUGUGGCAUUGGUAGUUCUGACAGCUACCACCUGAUCUAUGGGCCUUUACUAAGUCUUACAUCUGGAGUAAAGAAACUUUGUUUUGUCUUUCUUUUCUCACUGCCUCCUUGUCCUGCACAACGGCAGACAGGUUAACGCUAGUCAGAGUCAAGGACGUGUCAAAUAUUAGAUGGAUGGUAUUGGUAAUAUUCAGCUGCAAUGUCUUUUUUGGACUUAACCCUCUUGUUGUGUUCGUUUCAUGUUAAACAUUUUUAUGUUCCCGGUCACUACUUGUUGUGUGUUUUAUUUUUAUUAACUUGAGUUGUUGUAAACAUUUCAAGUUUUGAGGUUGUAUUUGUUAUUUAUGGCCAGUAGCCCUCAUUGAUCCGAGCUUAUACAUCUUGAACCGGCCAUUUUUGACCAUGAACAACAAGAUUGUGUAACAGUUGAAUAAAACCCACAAAAUUAAUCAGAAUUAACUACAUUUUUGAGAAAUAAAACUUUCAAAUCGGUCAAAUUUGACUGGAACACAACAUGAUACUGCCACAAGGCCAACAUCACUCCUACUCCUUGCUACUUUGUUAAUACCUUAGUACACACUGUUGUUGUGAUUUAGUGGGCUCAGGUUGCUGGAUCAGGGCGCUGCUAGAUAGAGGUGGCGGAGUAGAGUCUGGAAUGGACCACUUAUAUUGGAGUGAUUAUAUCUGAGAUUUUAGAUGCAGCCCAAUAUAAUCCGACAUUCGUUUUUUUUCUGAUAUCAGACCAAUAUCUGAUAUCAAUAACGUAUCAGGACACCCCUAAAUACAGCCACAGUGGUCUGAGUUUUUCAGAUUUCAAAACCACCGUCAUUUGUAUCAUUAAGAAAAAAAAAAGACAUUACAGACACCUGUGGAAAUAAGUCUCUGCAAUCAGACUCUAGGACUCAAGUAUUUAUCUGCUCUACAGAGACAUGAAUAAACAGGUCUAACUGUGUGCAUAUAAGCGCCGCAUCAAAACCAAGAUGAGGCUCAAAACCAAAAUACUAAAGUCCAUGUAAACUCCAUCACUGACUCCCUCACUAGUAAGAGGUAGGGUACACUUACAUUCUUUGCCCUGUUAGGGGCAAAGAAUGUAAGUUGGAAUACUUUGAGUAAAUCCACCUUUUUACUGAGAGAAACUGGAAACUCCACACAGAAAACUUUGACUCAUAGGUCAAGAGUACUGCACCGCCCAGGUGCAGAGACCCUUAAAUUUGUUUGGCUCUGCACACAUCAAUGUGUACAUCCGUACACUUUUCAGACUUUUAACUUUGGGUUUUGUUACAAGGAUUAAAAAGUAUGACAAGGACUUGUUUGAGGACAUACUUCAGAACAGAGAAGUAAAAAAGUAGAAAACUCUUUUUGCAUGUCUCUGUCUUUCCUUGAAAGAUUGUCAGGAAACAUUUGUGAUUGUGUCAGAUCAUCAGAGCAUCAACAGCGAUCAUUAUCUUUGUAAAUCAGAAGACUGUCACACAUGGGUCUGUCUCUUGUACAUGGAUGAUGAAACAUUGCAGAUAUUUACUGACUCUUGUUGCCUUUACAGCUGCUGUAUGAGGAGUGGGCCAGCUACAGUGUCUUUUACAAGUACCAGCCUAUUGGACUCAUCAGGUCAGAUCCAUCACUCUGCUCUGGUCAUACUGAUCAGCUGAUUUACACACACAUCUAUCCACCCAUGUAUCUCCCACAGCUGGAUUAAAACCAGUAAAAUCACUGAAUUGAGCAAGUUUGAACAGGAACUCUCUGUUGUCUCUUCAAAAUCUCUCUUUAUUGGCUCUUAAUGGGCUCAUUGACAAAGAUUUGCUCACUUGUUUACUAGAGUCAUCAUUUUAUAUUCAUGUUCUGCUAACAAAGUAGGCUCCAGGUGAAAAAAACAGUGCCUCAAGUAAGUUAUGAGGGUGGAGAGAGAAGCUUGGUUUGGUGCUUGAAAAAAGAAAGAAAUUUUGAAAAGCCAAAUCCAGUUGGACUGACAGCACACUGAGUCAGUGUCACAGAUAAUUUGACAUUUAUCGACUAACAUUCUCGUAUUCGCCUCCACAGAAAGUAUUUUGGAGAGAAGGUUGGAUUAUAUUUCGCCUGGUUGGGAGUCUACACACAGAUGUUGAUUCCUGCCGCCAUUGUCGGGGUCAUCGUGUUCCUGUACGGCUGUGCAACUGUUGAUGACAACGUACCCAGGUACUCCACACAUGAAUAUGUCCAUCUGUGCAUGUACGCUCUUCAUUUCUUGUUUCUUUCUCUAAUAUAAUAUCCUUUAAGGUUUAAUUAUACCUCAGCCACUCAGGAGCAGAGGUUGAAGUACCAAAGAAGAGCUUAUUUUAAAUCUGUGGUUGUGUAUUUGCAUGUUCUUCUUUUUUCAAAGUGUCGCAAAGAGACAAAGAUCUGAUAUAGACUUGAUGCCAACAGCUACAGUGUGCUGAACUCCUUGUUAUGCAAAACUCAUGACCCUCAUAUCUUCAAAGCUAAUGAGUUAGGGGGAAAAAAUCUCUCCCAGCAUGGUGCAUGGACUGGGUAUGAGCUGUUUAGAUCCAGUUCAGACUGAAAACAUGUUUAAAUUUGGUGUAUAGAUGGGAUGUUUGAAUGCACAAGUAUCUGGUUUUAUUUCUCCGGACCAGAGGUUGUGGCCUGGCUUCUUCACACUCUUGAGCCUACAGGGGAGGUUGUCUUCUCGACAAAAAUGUUCAGUCAUUUGCAUGCUGUAACACCGAUCAAAUCCACUUGUUUUUUAAUAAUGAAAUACAAUAAACAAUCUAAAAUCUUCACCAUUUCCCCUGCCACUUGUAUGCCUUCAAGAUGAGUCAACACAGAGCUUUCAUUAACCCCAAAAACCUUCAUUUUCAGUGGCCUCAUUAUUCACUGCUGUAAGAAUUGUUGUUGCUUUGAGUCAUUAUGUUAAUUCUGGAGUAAAGUAUCAGACUCUCUGAGGAAGUUAGAUUCACUUGUUAUUUAUUUAUUUAUUUUUCCCUCUGUUUUUCAGCACUGACCUGCUGAUAAUUGAUGUACCUGUAACACCCAUGGAUGUUCAUUAAAAGUUGCAUGAAUAAUUUAUCGUCCAGGAGCAGUUGUUUGAUUUGGUGGGAGAAAUCAAUAGAAGACCAAAUGAGCUGCACCCGUGGAGAUUCAUUAUUGUGUGGUGUGAACAACAGGGCUUUGAGCACACCCAUAAAAUGACUCCACCUAUUCCCAUAAACAUACUAAAGCUUUAGGUUGAUUGCUACACCCUGUAAUUAUGGACUUAAAUUUGCACUGAAUGUCAAUAAGUAUUUGGCAGUUCUAUAAAAUGUAUAUUUCAACAGACAGCUCAAGGUUUUGCCAAAGCUCCCAGACUGAGGUAUAGCUCUCCUAAAUCUCAGUUGGUGUUGGGCCAUAAUAAGUAUCUCACAAAUGCAUUGGGUCUCAGACGCUGUAGAUUUGUUUUCCCAGAUGAGGUAAAUCCCCACAAAGCUCUCCUGAAGGAGCAUGCCACAAAAUGUGGCUGUGCGCAAAUGAUUAAUAUCGGGAUAUUGAGAAAACACUAACUUGCUCUAACUCUGAUAAACUUACAGGUCUCUUGGAAACACACAGGGUGUAUAAUAGGGGUGGGGGAAAAAAUCAAUACAGCAUAGUAUUGCGAUAUUUUGUCUGGUGAUAUAUCGUAUCGUCUCAUUUUCCAAGAAUCGUUUUUUUCAAAUUUAUUGUUAAUAUGAUGUCAAAUCUAUGAUAAUGGAAAAAAAAAUAAGAUCAACUGUUUGUCCAGUGAGGUUGACAGAGGUGACAUCUUAGAACAGAAGAAAGUUCGUACAACAAAUACAGCAGCACCUGGGGAAGGACAUUAGGAAUGCAAGCAGGUCACAAAUGAGAUGGACCCAACACAUGAGGUUUACAAGAAGUGCUCCAUGAAAAUAAAAUACUUUGUAAAUAAGACAAACAUAAAGGAAAGACAAAUGCUAAAUUAGCUAAAUAGUUGAAAAAAAUGUAGAAAUCGAAAUAUAUUGUAAAACAAUACUCACUGUAUUGCAAAAUGUAAAAAAUUGCAAUAAUAUUGUAUCAUGGGGCCACUAGUGAUUCCCACCCCGAAUGUAUAACUGUGAACAUUUUCAUUGUUUUGUCACUGAAUAAUUCCCUUUUUUCCCCUCUAUCCUUGUAUUGCCAGUAUGGAGAUUUGUGAUCCCAGACAUAACAUCACCAUGUGUCCGCUGUGCGACCGAGCUUGCAGCUAUUGGAAGCUAGUGACAGCUUGUGGUACGGCCCGAGCCAGCCACCUGUUCGAUAACCCAGCCACCGUCUUCUUCUCCAUCUUUAUGGCCCUCUGGGGUAAGAACAUUCACUUUCAAUCAUUCAACCAGCAGACAAACAGCCCAACAGACCAGUGCAACAAGAUAAAUACAGCCUGUGCUGCGACAUGUUUCUGGAAAUGUUCCAGUUAAUAGACAGUACUAUCAAAACCCAUUCAGCGAGUUUUUCAGUCAGCAUGGACACCUCACCCCAGGCGUACAUAAAAGUUAAAAAUCUGAACCCACAAUGGCAACUCCUGAGUAAACACAGAGCCGGAUCUCUUCUGAUGUCCUGCCAAACCACGCUGCCAUCUGUUGGCAGCAGCAGGGCUUCAGACCAGGGAGGUGUUCAGUGUUCAGAUGAAGCUGGUGUCUAACAGAGUCACAGCUCCAUAGCCAUCUGGGAUUCACCUACAGUGGGCGUGAUGUGGCAGACUCACACUAAACUAUGCACCCAAUAUAUCCUGUAUAACGUGUCAGGAAUUUUUUUUUUCUUUUUUGGGCACAAAAAAAUGAAAUUACUGUAUUUGAUAUGGAAUGUAUUGUAUGUGCAGCAAUUCAUGAUUCUUUUGCAGGGAAGUGAUGAUAUACAUGAACUGCAAGACGACAUGAACUGCAAGCUUUCUGUGGGUCAGUGGCGGUACUGUCACACACAGGUGUAAUCUCUUUGGUGUACCAGGACUUUUUAUCAUUUUUCCUUCCCUCCCGAUAUGACAGUUCCUACUUUAUAGCAGCACUCUGAAUACAUUAUCCACGGUGCACUACAUGAUAUCCUUCGAGGCUGUCCCAUGAUGCUCAGUUGUCUGUUUUUGUCUUAAAGUAAUAUCUAAUCAACGCAAACUUGCACGUCUCUACAGCUUGAUCUUUUAAAUUUUUUUUGUUGCGUAGGGAGAUUUGUCUUCACUGACAGUACAUUGCACAUCACAUACGACAGCAGGACACUACAUACAUGCUAACAAUAAAUGAAUAAAUACAUAAAAACAAAGAUGACAAACUUAAUGACAACACAAUAGCAGACAGACAUAUCAGCGGGGCCUGCUUUUCAGGGUGGCUAUGGCUGCAGGGAUCAGGCUUUUCCCGGGCUGAGCCCUCCUGAACUUAAUGGUUUUUUACCUUAGUCCUGAGGGUAGUGGGAUGAUAUAUUGGUUUAGUGGGCGAGUGCUGUCUUGCGCUAUGGGGUUUGCUAGGCAGCUGAUGGACUUGUCAUUUAGUUCUGUGAGGUUGGGUGGGGGGAGACCAAUGAUUUUAGCAGCUGUGUUUUUGAUGUGUGUGAAUUUGGCCCAGUUGGUGACAGAAAGCAUAGCUUUGACUACAAAAGGAAAAUCAAAGUGAAAAGAUGACCACAGCAAAGUUGGCCCAACUCCAGAAGGGCACAAAAAACUCUAGAAAAUUAGAAAUGAGCCUUUAUAAUUUACUGAUAAUGGCCAGAAAAGAUACAGUUUCCCACUUUAAGAUGUGAGUUUAAGUGACAUUAAAAAAGCCAGUGUCCUACAGGGUUGGCAAAGGAUUAUGAAAUAACUGAGAUUUAGAAAAAUGUCAAUGCACGAGCCGACUCUUUAAUCAUCCCGCUGGGCGUACAGUGAGAUCAGUCACAGCAGAUGUCUUUAAUGCAAUCAUAUUUGAAAUCAGCCGUUCCUGUCAUAGUCAGAGAUAAUGAAUCAGUUCAUCUCCAGAUUGGUCAGAAAACACCUCACCUGUUGAUAUUUACUAUUUAAAUUCUUUUACAUGACUUAAUAAUGUGAAAGUGUUUUUCUUCAGAUUUUACAUCACUGUUAUUUGCUGAUGUAUUUCCUCGAAUAAACCUUUAAACCUGCUUUAAUUUGCUCUUGUUUACAUAGCGGUUCUCUUCAUGGAGCACUGGAAGAGACGGCAGAUGCGACUCAACUAUGUCUGGGACCUGACAGGCUUUGGUGAGGAGGAAGAGGUGAGAUCACGCCACCAAAAAGACCAUACCAUUUAUCUGUACGGAGAGAUAUUCAUCCAUCAGUGCAAAAGUUUUAGAUGUCAGGAGAGCUGAGAUUUUUAAUUGGAUUUUUAAUUUAAUUUUUUGGCAAGUGAAUGCUAAAUCUGAGGCUGUAGAAGCAUAUUAGCUUAGCAUGAAGACUGGGAGAAAAAAGAAAAGAAAAAACAAGGAAACUAUAGGCUUUCAAAGUUCACCAAACUCCCUUCCAGUACCUCUGAAGAUUGCUGAGAGUUGCAGGUAUUUGCUGCCUAAGUGAAAUGAAUGAAAACAAAUAGAUGGGUGAUGAAACACGAGGCAAAAUAAAUGUCAAAAAAGGGGAAAUAAAUUUGCACUGAUGGAGAGUGCAAAUUUCAGCUGUUUAGUUUAUCCUGAAAGUUGUAGUAAUAGUUAAAGAAGUGAUUAAAGUAACCAGAACAGAAAAUCAGACAGCUGAGGGUAAAUUACUAAUUUGGGCCUUUAAGAUGAAGAUUAAAAAUGUCAGGAAGUCAUCUGCAUCUGUGUUGGCUGUUCUGAAAUGACAAAGUCAGGUUAAACCAUACCGGUCGGCUCCUCCCACCUUCGAUGAACAGAGGUGUGUCUUCAUGCACAACUUCAGAUCUCGUUUUAAGAGUAAAACCCCUUCUUGUGAGGACUCAGCCCAUCUUGCACAGGCGCAGAGUAACAAGGCCGACAUGAGGCCACGGGUCAGGGUACGCACAUGAGCAUGCCUCCUCUGUCUUUUGUGAGAGCUGUAGCUGUGGAGCUCUGUAGUGAGUCAGCCUUCAGCACAAUGUUCCCACACAAACACCGCAGCCUCAGACAUCUGCAUCCUUUCUGGGCCUCAUUUAGGAUGAAUGUUGAGUUUGUAUCUAUUUCCUUUGAGUCUCUAAACUUGAUAUGUGGAUGUGUUUGAAUAUUCAGAGACAACAACUACUGACUGACGUUUUCUCCUCCUUUGUGUGUUUCUGUGUGUGUUGUAUUUUACAGGAGGAACAUAAGGUUUGGAUCCAUCUUGAUAUCUCUCUAAUCGUCUCUCAUUUAAACUUCUUUGUCUUUGAUAGAGCGCUUCAGACCCAUCCUGCAGCUACUAACACUAACAUUUCUCCCUCAAGGUGUCUAACAAUCUGCCUCAGGUGUUCCCACUUGACAACUUCUCCAUCUCUUUGGUGCAUUAAAGUGUUGUUUUCUCUUUUUGUAGCUCUCCUCUCACUGAGGCUCACCCUCAGAAGCUGUGAUGCUCUCAACACAUUAAAUUUACUGUUGUUUGUGUGGACUGAGAACAGCAGAGCUGACAGGACAGCUGGUUGACUCAUAGCUUCUUUUCUCUUGUCUUCUUUUCCACGAAACAUUUUCCCUGUUAAACAGAGACAACUGUGCCCUCCACACCCAUAGCACAGGCAGCCCACACAGUCCAAAGUGAAGCCAUAUACUUUACCUUUAUCUUAGUCUGAUGGAGGAAGAGGAGUAAAACACACAGCGCAAAUAUAGCAACAACAAACAAACUGCACCGGUACAUCAGGUGUCUCAGUCUCAGCCUCAUCCUGGGAAACAAGAGGUAACACAAAUCAAAUUUGGACUUCAAAACCCAAACAUUUCUGUUUAAAAACCAGGGAGGUGAAGAGAUUUCUGUCUGUCUAAGACCAGAGAGGCACAUCCAUGCAUAAAGAUCCAUGUGGUACCUUGUGUUGGACUAACAUGAUCCUCACAUAGUUCAAGUCCAGGCUCUCACAGCUCGCUCUCAGCCCUUAUGGGGCCCACAUGGUCAUGUUGGCGAGAUGACAGAGGUAUGUCAAACCAAUAAAUUUCACAUAAGGCUGAAAGUAUGUAUCCCAAAAACCUCAAACCUCAAACCAGGACCUGGGGCCUGCCAAUAGGAUUUACUUUGAAGGUAGCUAGGUAGGAAGGUAGCUAGAUUUCCAUGACUAAAAAAAAAGCUUACUAAUGCUGAACACCUAACCUAACAAGAACACUCAAAUGAAGAGCGAACAGCAGCAGCACAACAGCGGAUGUCCUUUGUAUAUAUGCUAAGACCAGAUAGACAUUAUGAGAAGAUCUGAUGUUUUCAACUGUUUUGAUGGGCAUGGCGUUGAAUGAGUCUGAUGUGACACAUUCAGCUCUGUCUGUCAAACCCUGUUUGUUUGUUUCUUCAUCUUCUUUGACUGAUUUACUGGCUUUAACUCUUCUUACUUGUGAAAUGAAUUCACAGUGCCAGCAAAACUUUAUUAAGUAGAAAAGCUGAGAUUUCUGUAUUAGUUUUAUCAGAUUUUCAUAUUUCUCACCCAACUACCUGUCAUCCUGGGCAUGGAUGUGUGAUAAAGACUUCAGGUGAUUUGUCUUGGUUUGAGUUUGCACAGAGGGCCUUUGUUUCUGGAAAAGUAGACACAAAGGUGUAAAAUGAAUUUUACACUCAUUUAAACUAAAAAAAAAAUAACAACUGGGAUUUAAUGAACUGAACUGAAUCCAACAUUUGUAUAUUUUAAUGAAUCAAAUUAAAGGAGAGACUUACACCCUUGGAUUUCGCAUUCAAUAAGAAAAAGAAUGUAAAUAGUCAUUUAUUGAGUUUCGUUAGUCCAAGUUUCCUGAUGUGUGAAGAGCAAAGGAACAAAAACUAUCCCAGUUCCUCAGUGUUCCCAUUGUUAAUGUCUUAGUUUGGCACAUUUUCAUUACAGUAAGGGAAAGAGAAGCAGGAUAAAGAACGUUGAUACAUUACCUGAAUUUCUCUGUUGGAGAUUUGAUUUCAAAGAACUGUUCACUAAAAACAGAUAAAUAUUUUUACCCACAUAGUCAGGAAACAGAAAAUAUCUAUUCUUGGUUUUUAACUCUUUUUUGGUGAAGUUGCAGCUUCUCUCUCUCUCUCCUACUCCUCUGCUGUCUGCAUGUCAGAGCUUCCCACAUACAGACACAUGCAAACAUACAGAAAUGCCACAGUCAACAACAGUGACCCCGAUGACAACAUGUAUAUGACAGGAUUUUUAACCAGAGUCCAACACAGUUUUGAGGCUUGAUAUGUUUCUUCUUUUUCUUAGAAAGAGAUGCUCUGCCACAAGAUAGGCUACACAUGCUGUGUGUUGUGUGCACUUGGUUUUUAGUCUUUAGGUUUAAAUUAUCGCCCGGUCUGCAGGUGAGACUGAAGGACUGUACCACAUCAGUAUGUGAGACGUUACAGUGGUUAAGAGGCGUUACGGUGUGAUGGUUAAGACACGUGAUUCAGAAAGUGUUGUUAUGUUAAAACUUACAACCAGCUAUCUUAUUUAAAAAUAGUCAGUGCUGGUGUCAAAUGAAUCUCUGUAGCUGUUUCUGAGUUUUUUCCCCCUCUGAUCUGAUGAAGGUUUGCAGAAAAAGAGUUGCUUAGCCCUCCUGAAUGCUCCCCAGGGAGACAGACUGUUGUCUUUGUUUUUGUUUGCUCUUUCUGCCUGAUUUCUGUGCAUCAGCUGGACAUAUGGACCUUCAGGUGAAAAGAGGUUGUCUAACCCUCGGCCAUGUUUUCUCAUGUUUCCUCUGAGCACUCUGCAACUAUUUAUUCUUGGCUUUCUAACGACUGUAUUUCUGUUGGAUAGACUGUACAUAAUGUUGUUUUAUUCACCAUGAAAGGGUGAGGUCGCAGCAGCUAAGAUGAGAUACAAAAUCAUUGUUGAGACCUGAGCGUCAGAUGGUAAAGAGCAAAAUCCAUGAGAGGGAAACUCUUAUUUACUGGACAGUUUAUAUAUUGGUGACGUUCAUCGUUGACUUUUUACCCAGUUAGGUGCAGAUCAGAUUCUGUGUUUCCACAGCAGACUCAUUGACAAAGACUGCUUUGGGUAGACUGAUGGUGUUAAACUGAGGGGAGCUGUAGCUUAGCUCUUAUAUCCAAUACAUGAAAUCAUGGAUAUUGUGAAUAUCUGAAAAUUUUAUCAGCUGAAGCUGUUUUAUCAGGAACAGAGGAGGGGAUGAAAAAAACUUAGACAUGAGACAAUGAUAUAAACUGAAAAUCUACAUAAAGUUAUAUAACGUUUCUUUAUAUAAAGAGUAUAAAGUUGUAAAUUCAAGAGUAUAAGCUUGUUAUUUAGGAAGAACUCCUCCAAUAGUUUGCGUUUUGGAUUAUCUGCUGCACUCAGUUCCUUCAUGGUGAGUUAACAAUAUUUACUUUUUUAAUACACAGAGCGCGGCACAAAAAUUUUAGGAUACGAAAGUUUUGCAAACUCAAUGCAAGCUCUAAAUCCAAGCAAGCUGUUUAUGAUCUUUCUUCUUACGAACAUGUAAUACGUGAGCUGUCCUUUUUUCUUCCAGGACCACAACAGAGCAGAGUAUGAGGCCAGGGUCAUGGAGAAGACGAUGAGACAGGAAAAUCCAACCGCAAAGGUAAAGGUGAUUUAUUCUCAUGUUUUGCCCAUGUAUUCAAUUCAUUAUUUAGUAUAACUGGUCAAAAGAAAAAAUACAAGAUUGUUCUUAAGCUAAACAAGCUUGAUAUUGUGCAAAAACAACAUGCUGUCUGAUGCAAAGCUCUAAAUAAACGGACCCUGAAACUUGGCCAGCUGUAGCUCAGCCAAUCCAAACAAUAUGCAAGGGAAAACAAUGUAAGUACACCCCAGUGAGUAAUAGAUUGCCAAGAUGCCAGCUCAGUUUCCAACCUGUGACUGGGUGGGGAGCCAACAGUUGCGCUUCACUUAGUAGGGAUCCCAACUCCUGUACACAAAGUUGUACUGCACAGUCCCAGUGCACUGAUGCUGACCACAAGUUAAACAACAAAUUAACAGCUCAUGGGAGUGUCCACGACAUUACUGAGCUUCCCAUGUGGAGGAGUAUUUACUGCAGUGGGCUUCAAACAGAUAACACUUCAACAGUUAAGUGAUGAACGGUGUAUCCACUCUCAGAAAUGGUUAAGACUAGAUUCACUAGAUUGAUAGACUGCACCUGUACGGGCUAUAUACUGUAUGCUCAUGUCAAGGUUUGGGUCUUGGGUUACUUACAGUGUAAAGUUUCAAUUGCAAAUGCCUCUCCAGAGCAAUGUAAUUGUAACAUGCUAUAGUUAGGGUUAUAACAGGUAGUAAUAAUAUCAAGAGCGGAUGUGGUGCAGUGGUAGACCCGGUUAUCUCCCAAUAACAAGGUCAGGGGUUCAAUCCUAGAUCCCACUGUUCACAUGCUGUGGUCUUUUGCCAAGACACUUGACCCCACCCACCCCUGCUGGCUUCACCCAGUGGUGUUUGAUAGCAGCCUCUGCUAUCAGUGUGUGAAUGUAAAUGUGACACAUGAUGUAAAAGAGCUUUGAGAUGUCAGAAGACUAGAGAAGUGCUUUAUAAAUAUAGGUUAUUAACAUUUUUCGUUCACUACCUCUUACCUUUUUGAACAUCUUCUUUAUAAAUCAGAAAGGAAAAAAAAACAUGACAGAAUAAAAAGCUUUAGGCCCUCAAAAUGUCCUGGAGGAAAGACCCUCAGACCCCUGCCCACCGCCGCUGCUGCUGCAACACAUGCAUGAUCAUUAUCAUGACUUUACCAGCUGCAGAAUAAUCUGCACUCUGUGCCUGUCUGCAGCUAUGCCUACCCAGUUUGGUGCUGGUCUCCAGGCUCUUUCUCAAAAAUAUCUGAACCAUCCCUUUAAAGAAAUCUGUUGUGCAGUAAAGAGAAACCUCAUUGAAAUCUAACCAUAUCUCAUGUUGCACCACAGCUGUGAUGUGGUCUGUAUUGAAUUGCAUCUUGAUUUAUUUACGAGAGCUUAGCUGAACAUAAACAUGGCGACUACAUACUGUAUUAUGUAACUUUAAAUACCAUGCAACCAAUUGACUUAUUCAAAUGUCUCAUUGUUUGAAUUUCCAAAUUUACUCUCAUACCACUCUAAAAUACCAGAGCAGUGUUGCAAAGACAUUUUAGGUGCAGUGUUUGAAAUAUGUUUGAGUAAACUGACCAGACGUUUCCCGAUGUCCUGCAGACGAGGCUCUGAGUCAAGCAUGCUCACUAGACUAUUGCCCAUUUGCUUUUUGUCUUGACCAAGGUCAGAUAUUCUUAUCAAAUACACAAGAGGAAACACACACACACACACACACACACACACACACACAAGCACAUGCCUCAGCUCUCUGACCCAGUUCUCAGUAGACUUGAAUGUGACAUGAUAGCUGGGGGCAGAAUUAGCUUUGCUCCACUGCAGCCACAUAAUGUUUGUGUGUGUGUGUGUGCAUGCGUACGUGUAAGUAUAUGUUUUUGCUGUGUGUGUGCUGUGUGUAUCUGUAUACCCAGAGCAUGAGGAGCUGCAGAUGACAGAAAAACCACGAGGCAGGGACACACACAUCAACGGUCUCACAUUCUCACAGCAGGGGACGCCGCUCAUGUUUCAGUCAUGAUUUCUACUACAUAAUCUACACAUCACCCUGUGUUAACGUGUGUGUGUGUGUGUGUGUGUGUGUGUGUGUGUGUGUGUGUGUGUGUGUGUGUGUGUGUGUGUGUGUGUGUGUGUGUGUGUGUUGUAGGGGGAGAAGGUGAAGCUGACAUGUACAGACAGAAUGCCAGCUUACCUGACCACUGUGGUCACGAUGGGCUUCAUGGUGAGUCUCCCUCCAGUGUUACAUCAUCUGCCUUUGUAUUUCUAACACAUGUUUGACAUUUGGAGGAAAUAUUUAAAUUUGAAUCCCCUGAAUCAACUCCAGAUUCAGACAUCAUGACAGGUGCAGACUGCAGAACUCUGGGUAAACUCAGGGUUUUUGAUCAGAUGUUAGAGAUAUGAAACAGAUUUACAUUCAACAACCAGCUCCUCUUACAGUACUCUUUGUUUGCUUCCACCCUUCAUAUCAACUUUUACUCAAGUAGCCUUUAAACAGUUCAGAGCUAAAGGGGUUUAGCUGUUGCUCUCGUUGAGUCAGCAUGUUUGAAGCUAGUUUGAGUUUUAAUGAGGCUGCCCUCUUUUCACCAACUACAGUGUUUGGUCAAAUCUGCUUCUGGAUCUUUGAAUAAUUUCAGUUACUUGCAAAUGUUCAAAGCCAAUCCAGAUGAAGGGAUUCAAAAUAACUCUAGUAUUUAUCAUAAAUAAGAAACUGGUUCCAAUUAAGACAUUAGCUUUGAAUCCAAAGACUAUAAAUAAUUAAACAAGAUCUUUGUGUUUUUAAUACACAAAAGUUGUUUCCUUUACGAUGAAGCACUUCUGCAGCACACUGUAGAUGGUUGUAAAAGUCAACACUAACCGUAAACUUUGUCCUUAAACCUUUAAUUCUCUUUGAUAAGAGAUAAAACUACAUUUUUGGCUAAAAUACAAACUUUGCCCAACACUUUGGUGUUUUCUACGGCACACCCUGAUGCGUCUGCACUUGUCAGAUUUGGAUGAAGAUCAGAAAACCUUCAUGCAGUAGUAUAUGUUUCUAUGUAGGCCUACUGUUGCAUAAAUACUGUAAAUAAAGGCUAAGUGGGUGGUGAUGUACACAUGUGCUUAAUUAAAACAAGACGUUUUAUGCUAAUUUUUAUUACUAAGUUUUCAUGCUCAGGUCAUUAUUGUAAAGUUCUUUUAGUAAGUUCUUUGGACCUACAAACCGCAGGCUUCAGAAGUGUUCAUCUAACUCUUCUUUCAGUGUUCAGUGUUCACCUGCAGAAACUCUUCAAAUCUGUAUCUUUGGCUGCUGUCAGAUUAUCUGCAUGUUGUCAGUCUGAGAGUCAGCCUUCCUCCUCACCUACAGAUUGCUGUGACGUUUGCUAUCGUCUUCGGGGUCAUCUUGUACCGUAUUAGCAUCAAGGCAGCUCUGCACAUGAGCAACUACCCUGCAGCUCGCUCCAACAUCAGAGCCACGGUCAAAACCACCGCCGCCAUCAUCAACCUCAUCAUCAUCAUCAUCUUGGAUGAAAUCUACGCCGCCAUAGCCCGCUGGCUCACCAAACUGGGUGAGGCUCAUUUCUCUGUUUUUAACCCCUUACAGCCUGGGUUGAUGCCCAGUCUUUUUUUUUUCUUCUGUAUAUCAGAGGUGUGCACAAUCAAGAAGGAUUUGCAACAGUGUGGAGACUUCUGCCAGUUGAUCACUAAGUUUUCUGUUAAUGGUCGACCCUACAGAUCUGUGAGAGCAGAUCAUACCCUCACCCUGAUGUCUUAGUUUAGUGCUUUAAAAAAAGGUUUGUUUUUUUUACAUUGGAGUUAAACAGCUUUGAAAGUGAUGGGUGAUAUUUCUUCAAACUAUCAAACUUUGAAUUCACAUGUGCAGGAGGGAGUGGAGAAGGUGUUGUUUUCUGAAUGUAUGAACAGCUCUUAAAGGCACUAUGAGGAGUUUUUAACUGAUUAAAAACAGCCUCUCUGUGACUUCAAUGAGAUUAUCUGCUAAAAGAAUGAUUUUUUCCCCCAGUAUGUGCCAUGACAAAAAAGUGUCUGUGUUAAUAACCUGAUAAUACAUUUUGCAAGUAGAGGGAUUCUCACAGAUAUCUCAUUUUUGACAUGAUAUUUUGUACUCUUCAUGGCUGAUACUGGACUAAGAAAAAGACAGCAGAUUUUUGUUGAAGUAUUGAUUAAAAUAGAGAAACUUUAUAAGGGCUUUGCGGUGUGAACGAGCAAAGAGGCUGUGAACAGGAUUCGAGGAUUACACCUGUGUUUUUUGUCUAAUGUGUGUCCCUGUUGACUGUUGACUCUAAGCCUAAUGCGUCAGUGAUUGUUGUAGUUAUAACAGCUCUUACUAACUACAACAACCACCAACGCAAUCAGCUUAAAGUCACCUUUUAAAAGGGUCGCCUAAUGAACUGGAAAAACAGCCUUUGACUGCUUCACUGGGUUUGUCAAACCAUGUGCUUUUUACAGUUACCAACUUUACUGCUACUAACUUUCAGGGUUAAAACGUUUUUUAUUGUCACUUCACAGUUCAUAAUUUCAUGUAGCAACAAAUCAAUACUUGAGUUCAUCAAGCUGCUUCCAGCAAAUAGUUGUCUUGAAAAAAAGUUGCAUUAAAACUUCAGCAAAGGUCUCAUCUUUACAACAAUCAACCAUGGUGCUCAUGGGAAAUGCAGUUUUCAUCCUGUACCUGUGCUGCCCAUUUCAUCCAAAGGCCACCAGAACCAAUACAAUGAAAACUCCUCACAGUGCCUUUAAAUUGAUGUGAGUCUGAAGAUAUACAGAUUUUGAUUUUACAAAAGGCUUUGAUGGAGAAAACACAUCGGUCAAGAGUUAUGACAAUGACCACAUGUCACUGAAACACAUCUGAAGGGCAAGAAGAAAUGAAGAAAAGCAACAAGAACUUUUGGAAAAUGCAAAUUGUAAAUAUCCCCAUCUACAGACAGAAGUCAGUAAAACAAGCCAUAAAAAAUGUAUUUCAUCACAGCACCUGAGAGUCUGCCACCACAGCUUACCUAGCCUGGCAUGAUUAAGCAUUAAUGUUGCCAAUAAAAGCAGAGGCCUGGCAGCUACUACUAUUAAAUACUCUUUCAUUCACCACACCACACCACACCACACCUAACCAUUACAUCAGCCCGUGCAUGUCUCAUAUUUUUCCCGUGACAUUUUUAUGCCUAUCUUUGUCACGUGCUGAGUCAGUGCCAGAUGUGAGGAGAAAAAAGAGAAAGAGUCGUUGAUAUAAUCCCACUGCAGAAAGUGUCUUCGAUAGCAGAGGGGCUGGUCAUAUCAGUGUGUGAACACACAGCAGUUUACAGUGUUUUGACAGCAAUGACAGUACUGCUUUUGGGUUUGUUUCCUUCUUUUCUUAUGCUCCUCCAUCACACCGAGUUAUGACGUUUGUGCUCUUUGGAGACUCUUGGCUGUAAUUCAGUUCCUCCUUUAUUGUUUACAGAGUAUUUCAAACCAGCAGAAGUGCCUCUCUAAACAUGGACAGCCAUGUCUGUUAUUCUGUUGUUUUUAACUGCUAAGUAAAUGAAACUGCUUUUUCAGUACACUUCUUUCAGCAUACAACAGAUUAUUGUCUCUAAAAACAAGAUGUUGUUCAGCUUAACCUACAAAUGUAUUCUUAUUGUCAGCAUGUAAAUUGGGGAUGUUACCAUGACAUAAUAAAGUCACACACUGUGUCUUUUUUUUUUAGAGGUUCCAAAGACAGACAAGAGUUUUGAGGAGCGUCUCAUCUUCAAGACUUUUAUUUUGAAGUUUGUCAACGCCUUCACACCCAUCGUCUAUCUGGCUUUCUUCAGGGGAAGGUAAAACAGCUGCUUACUGCCUCCGCUUAAACUCAGUCAUAUAAAAUGAACUGCCAUGGGUUUCUUUUUAGUAUUUUAGAUUGCCCUGUGUUCUGUAUUUAAUGAUAUCAUCAGACUGUAAACCAUCUCACAUGCCGACUGUCAUGUUGUGCUUGAUUGACAGACUAGUUGGGCGCCCUGGAAACUACUUGUAUGUUAUUGGAUCAUACAGAAUGGAGGAGGUAAUUGACAAAAAUACUACAGUUAUCUAAAAGUUUAUUUAGUUUUUGUGUGUGUGAUCAAAGACCCUCCAAAAUAUAAAUCCAUCUGGGUCAGUACAUGUCCCAAUAGUUUCCCACAUCUCAAGAGUCAGUUUAUAUUGAUCGUGUUUAUUGACGAUAUCACUGAUGUGUAAAAAUGGCUGCAGCUUUUUUUACUUGUUUCUUUAAUGAGAUACGAAAACUGCAGCUCAUGUAGGGGUCAUACAACGUGCAACUUUACCUACUGAUAUGAAGGUCAAAGACACCUAUAUCACGUGGGGAUAGAUACUGCUUCUGAAGCUGAAGAGACAGACAAUAAUUACCCAUUUCGGUACCUUCAAAUAUAUGACACAUUUUUACUGCGCUCCAAGACUUAGGGUUAAUGGGUUUAAUUAAUAUUUAAUUCUGAUAUGUAAAUCAUUAAGCAGAGCCUUUUAUAUUUAUUUGAGAGUGCAUGAUAAUAGCAAAUGUAAGUAAAAUAGUAGUAAGUAAACAUAAACAAAAGGCAAACAUGUACAUACAAAUUUAAAAGGCCAAAACAACAACAUUAACAAUCAUAGCAGCCCCAAGACAACUAAACAAAAUCCUGGGCUAAGUAAUAUGUCUUUAGUUGGCUUUUAAAGGAGUCAACAGAGUCUAUUAAGCACAGAAAGAGAGGAAGAUCGUUCCAAAGCCUGGGAGCAACAGCCUGGAAAGAUUAGUCUCCUCUGGUCUGAAAAGAGUGUGCAGAACCAUCAGUAGAUUCUGAUCCACAGACCUCAGAGCCCAAGUUGGGAUGUAAGGCUGGAUCAGAUGACACAUGUAAGAUGGAGCCUGACUAUGAAAGGCUCUAAAUAUUAGAACCAGAAUUUUAAAAUUGAUCCUAGAGGACACAGCCAGCCAAUAUAGAGGUUUAAGUAUAGCUACAUGUCAUUUAUUUUUUCUUUUCACUUAAUUUUGUUGUUGGCUGGUCAAAGUUUCUAUUAAAGUCUUGGCCCGUAGUCGAGAGGAUAAUCUAACAGUUGGUCUGUCCCUCUUGGUACCAUGUUUUACCUCUAUUUCCCACUUCUAGUCAUCAUCCCUUUAUUUCCCAUCUUCCUGUGAAGCUCUAAUGCUCUUUUUAAUUUCCUGUUUCACGCUGACACUGCUCCCCCUCUCCCUCCAGUGUGCCCACGCAGGCUGCCUCAUGGAGUUAUGCAUCCAGUUGUGCAUCACCAUGCUGGGCAAGCAGCUCAUCCAGAACAACCUGUUUGAGAUCGGCAUACCGUGAGUGCAGACACACUUUCCACGAGGCUCAAAUACAAAAGAGCCACAUGCACAAACCGCAACAACAACAAGGGUUCAAGCAGCCUAUAGGACACAUAAAGCUCACCCACUCAGCUAUUUCAAAGCACGUCUGGGUUUCAGACACUUUUACCCGUGAACAGACUGCUGAACUCAGUAAAUCUGCAGUUUUCAGCGUCCUGUUUCAACAUUACUGUGCAGUCUCAUAGACGAUGGUGAGUUUAUUCUUUGUAAUUUUCAGUUCUUACAACCAAAACAGCUCCUCUCUCUUCGCUGCAGGACAGAAAGAUUCAGAAUUUCUUUUGUACCCAUAGCUAUUAGACUUUCUAAUUUUUCUGUAAAUAGUAGAUGACUUCUUGAGACAUGACAAAUGAGAGUACAGACAAUUGAAUUACCCUCCAGACAUCAAUAAAGUUGUUCUUAUUCUUAUUCAUAAACUUCAUAAUGCUGUCUCCACAGUAUCCACAUUGACUUCUAAAACCGAACUUAUUUAUUGCCGACUGCAUGUUAAAAUUUUUUGUUAUUGCUGUUGUGUUGACUGUCACAUCCUCUACAUUGCUCCUAUCAUUCUUGUGCAUCUUGCAUCAUGUGUCUACGGCACAUUAAUUUUUGGAGACAUUUCAACAGACAUACAAAUCAGAUACAGAGAUCAUGAAGCAGCCAUCAUGUGCACACAUAGGUGUAGUCAACAGCAGUGUAUCUCUGGCUCCAUUGAAUAGCUGUUAUCUACUGAGACUAGACUCCAACAAACUAAUACCCUCUCUUUAAAAUAGUGAGUCAUAGCACCACUACCAAUCAAACACAGUUAAUCUGGAAGUAUAGUAAUCCAAAAACAUUAUUCUGAUUAACUCAACUGAUGUAAAAAAAAAAAAAAAAAAAACUGAAAAAUUAACCAAAGGCCCUGAGGGUUUUAUCAAACCAGGUAGACCCGAUCAAUUUAUAGGCUGGUGAAUAUCACAGUUGUAGGCACUUAAUCUCUGAGCCCAUGGGCAACCACUGCCUUUCAAUGUCUGACAGAGCAACUCUGUUCAGUGCAACCACUUUUGGUGUAUUACAUCUCCUGGAGAGGCCUGUUUCAUGAAGGUCUUGGUCUAACAGUGCAAUACACCAACCCUUCACUCUAGUGUUUACUUCAGACCAUGAGCUCCAAAAGAAAUCAAUGUUCUCAUUAGUUCUCAUUCAUUAUUGAUCCAGAGCAUUUUGCCAGCUGUACCUGCAAGCAAAAUCCUGUUUUAGAUAAAUAAAUCAGUCAGAUUAUCACCAGUGAAAGUCAAGGUAUGGUUAUGGUGGUGUGUGUUCGCCUACUUUUGCUCUCCAUACAGACAGAUUUUCCUGCAAACAUCUGAUAUGUACUGUAGUUAGUCACAAACUACAAACACAAUGGAAGCUAAGAUGCCUCGUAAGCGAUAACUAAUAGUUGAAGAAAUUUCAAAGAAGUGCUUGACAGAAUUUUAACCUCAAUUCUCUGUGUGUGACUGUUUUGAUUCAGUAUCCACUACUUCUAAGGUUCAGUCAUGGGUUAUCUCCAUCAUUGGCUGUCUUUAUGUGCAGGAAGCUGAAGAAAAUGCUCCGGCAGAGGAAGUCAGAGUUGGAUUCAAAGGAACAGGAGGAGCUGAACAAAAAGAUGUAUCGCCAUGAGAAAGACCACAUCCUGGGUCCAUUUGUUGGCCUCAGCCCUGAGUACAUGGAGAUGAGUGAGUCCCUGCAAAGCAACCAAUUUACUGAAACACAUUAUGAGGGAGCUUUUGCCUGUACAUUUAUUUUAAAAAAAGCACCCUCCCCUGAGCAGUUUGUAGUCUGGUGUCGCUCCUCAUCCUGUAGUGAGUCUUCUAGCCUGUGUCAUGUUUUCUAACAGGAAAGAUCCUGAUGGAGAGGAAUUUAGAAGGUGUCUUUAAACCCUCUUACCUUUACAGAAUAAGUCCCACUUAGGUCAAACACAUGUUAUAGCUACGACCACUGAAACAACCACAUUAGUGCUGAGUUUCCUCAAAGGCUUCUUACUCAAUCUGCGACUGCGUCUUUGCUCCUGCUUAUUGUCAGACCUUAGCUUGACCCUGGAAAUGUCAGCUCCUUUCAGCACAGUGUAAGAAAAUUAUCAAACAUAUUCCUCUGGUAAAUACAGCAGAGAUGCAAGGUGACCUUUGUGUUUAGGUACAGAAGUGUGACCUUUAAUUUUAUGAAAAUCCAAUUUAUAAAAACGCUGAAUGUUAAGUAUAGUCAUGUGGAGACACCGGCUUUAUCAUAUGUCACGUGCACUAGAGGUCUCUGUGCAUGUGUGUGUUAAACAAAGAUAAAGAGAUUACGGUGUCUGGAUUUUAAUGCAGCUGCUCAGAGCUUAUGGUUAUUGCAAUGGGGUAAUUGCUCUUUCGAGAUCUGCAUUAUUAAGCGGUUGAUGCAUGCAUCCCAGUUGAGAGAGAGAGAUCUAGUAAAACCAGAGGAGGCUUAUUAUCCUGUUACUUAACAUCUCAAUACUGCUGAGAGAGGAUUAAAGCUACUUUGGGCUUAACAGUCUCAUUUCUUUAUCUCCUUGAUAGAUAUUAAGCCCCUGAAAAUUGCUGCUGUUGUUGUGCAUUGAACAUUUGACCUGUAGUGAAAAGAGUCAAAGUAAAAGUCUGUAAAAAUCUCUGUUGUUCAAAGAGUAGGGGUCCACACUCAAAAAAAAAUCUCUGCAUAAUUUUUUUACAGUCAAGAAAAAUCUACUUGUAGUUCACUCUGUAAACACUACAGCCUAAACCUGCUUUUUUUGCUUUUCCGAGUCACAUCAAUUAGUUUUCAUCCAUUUUUACAGCCGAGGAUGACUGACUGAAUCUUAGUUCUCAGUAUGAUUGAAAAUACUGCUGUUGUUGACUAUUUUGUAAUCAUCAAUAUCAUUUUGAUCAUUGUAGUUUUAACACUUUGUAAAUCAAUAGUCAUUCUACAAAACAGGGAGGUUUUCUCUACUUACAUUCUCUUUUAAGUCCCACUCCAAUCAUUGGAGUUUUUUUUACUACUUAAAGGGCCUGAUCUACUAAAGGUUUGCGUGUGCAAAAACACAUGCAAACUUGAUAGCGCACACAAACCUGAUCUACUAAACGGGUGCACCAAGGAUUGCUCUGUCAAAUGAGCAAAACAGCACGCACAAUCGAUUAACCCUCACAUACUCUUCGGGUCAAAUUUGACCCGUUUUGACUUUUAACAGCAGUAAAAAUACCCUAAACAUCCUUUUUUCAACCUGAAACUUGAUGACUUUUCCUGAAGUAACCAAAAAUACAUGAAAUUAAUUUAAAAAUAUUCAUGUGUAUUUUUGUUUAUGUGCUACAAAUUUUUCCCCUCUAAGGCUGUUACAAGUCAAAUUUGACCCGUAUCUAUAUUUAGAUGGAUUUUAGAUCUAGCAGUGUGGGACAAGUGACGAACAGUAACAACAGUGUUCAAUAUAAGGUUUGUCAUUAAACUAAAGUUUUAGCCAAGAUCAGGUUACCUGUGUCAUUUUCAAGGACUUUGCUUCUGCAGAGCUCCAGUGGCUCAUUAGCAGUUCGCCUCUGAGUCAUGGGUAGAGACAGCGCUGCUCUGCACACUUCUCUUUGCGUUAGCCUGACAUUGCAGGUGUAGUAGAAGUAGGUAGCUAUUCAUCUCUCAGACACCAAUAUCUUCAGGGGACAUGAUGAACGCUAAUAUCAUAAUUAGCUUUCUUUUGAGCAUUGCAGUCCGUUAACGCACACGUUUGUUCCGCGAUGGUCCUUUCUAUUUCUCAGAGCCUGGUUUGCGUAGCGGGGCUCCGGGGGCGGAGCUUGGAGUUGUUACAUAGCAAAUCCCUGCUGUUUGGAUCUGCCAGAGAUUCACAGAUUCACACAUGAUUUGAAUGCGGAAAUACUCAGAAAUGCAAUUUCGCACUCAUUUAUCUCACAAUAUAUCCUGUAGCUUCAGAUAUAUGCCAUACGAACAUGUAGAGAACAAGAAAAACAUGAUUUUCAUCGGAGUGGGUCUUUAAAUGUAUUUAUCUCUGCAUCACAACCUGUUUCAGCAUGUAGUGCUGUUCUGACUCUCACCUGUAAUACUGCGAUUGUAACAACUGCUGGUCCUUCCACUGUCAUAAGAGUCAAGCAGCUCUAAUCUCCUUAUUACACUUCACAGAUUAGUUAGCAUGGGAGAGCAAGGCUACACCACUUAAAUAAGGGAUGGUCAAACCUUGGACUUUCACUUAAGUAUGUGAACCUUCUUAUACUUCCUGUUAACAUGUUUUUAAAAAAUUUGUGGGCUUUACUAAACACUCGAGUGUCACAGUAAGACACGGAGAUUCGGUAGGAACAUGACUCAACUUUGAUAAUUGAGAUGAUCAAAUUAGUACGUCGUGAUCUGGACAUUUGAAUCGUUUGUUUUUGCUAACUUAAAAUAAACUUUUUACAUCCACAUAGGAGUGGCUCCCUUUCCACAGAGACACCAUUUUGUACCGCCCUGUUUUCUCAGUAGCAGAGAAUAGACAAACAAGUGACACGUGAGUUUGUAUUAGUGAGUAGUAACUGGAAGAAGGAGGAGAAGGAGGGAGUGGCUGUUCAGCGAAAAGGAAAAAUGUAUUUCAAGAAGUUUUUGAUGGUAAAGACUUGACAAAUAGAGACUCAUACUCAUCAUAUAUCACAGGAGCUUCUUGUUCUCAAAGGCCACUGUCGCCUCUCUGAAAGGAGGGGUGAGCAAGGGAGCAUUUCAGCUGAGAAUAUGACCACUAUAUCACUAUCAAGUAUUUCUGCACCUUGUUGCCGUGCGAAUGUGUGUCUCUGUUCAAUGCAACAAACCUUAUAUUGACGAAAGUAAGAGAAGGUUCAUGACCCAGCUCGUGUGAUAUUGAUCCUGUAACUUUUGAAAGUAACGAGUAUUGAUUAAUUCACUGCCUCAUUACUUCAAUCAGUUAGACAGUGAUGAACAUGAGUGUUCAUUAUGGAUAAUUUACCUUAAAUCUGCUCCUAUAUUUGUUCAAUAUCUAUAAUUGAUCUAAGAAAUGCUUGUAAUGUGAAAAAAGCUCAUUCAGACUGCAGUGAUCCAGACCAGUAUAAAAUUGUCUGCAGAGUCUCUGUCGUUGUCUUGGUUUGGUGGACAGGAGGUUCAGCUCAUUUGAACUUUGUUCCAGGCAGUGGUAGGCAGCUGUUUCUGAGGAACUCAUUUCACUGCGGCUUGGAGCCAAAUAACAAUGUACUGUAUACUGUGUAGUGUAGCAGAAAUUUCACUGGCUUAUGUUGAAUCUUGAUGCUGGGCUGGUUUUGUGAACUGGCUCUAUUAGCUAGCUGUUGGACUCAUUUUGAGCUGGUUAUGAUUGGCCAUGGUGCUGGUUUUGUCUCAGGGAUGUGGCAGUUCUGUCCCCACUUGGUCUUAUUGAUUAAUUGUUGGGUUGAGGCAGCAUAUCAGACUAUCAGCCAUUAUUGAGUGUCUGUAGGCCUCUCCAAUAAUCUCCAGUUGUUUUAUUUGGCUGAUGGUUUGCUGCUCUGAAUCAAUAUAUAGUAUUUUUUAAGAGCUCACAUCCACAGAGGCACAGAUAGAGGAAUUAUCUAUUUGCCUCACCUUUUAACUGGAGCUCUAAAAUGUGAUGUGUGAGCCCUGCUAUGAUGCUGAGUACUCAGACAGCUCUCUUCAUCAUCAGACUUCGUCACACAGAGAAGCUCCUCUCAUGACUCAGCGUGUUAGUGUGCGAGCUGGAACAUCUCAAGUGUUAUAACCAGUAAAAUGGAGUUACCUAACAAAGGACAUCCCUAAAGCCAGUUGGAGGACGUUUACUUCAAACAACAAUGAACAUAUGUUCAGAACCAAAACAAAUCUCCAGGAAGCAAUUAUGAGAUUACAAAACACUUUACAAAAAGGACUUGCCACUGAUGCCAGCAGGUAUUAAUGUGCUGAGAUGAUGACUCCAUAAUCACUCGCCCUGUAAUAAUUAGUUUGUCUCGGCUACUCCUCCAAAAGAGAGUGUGAACCACCUCGUGAGUACAUGUCGGUAAAGACAUGUCUGACUGCAGGAGAGUUUUUACUAUGACUUAGGACUGCACGUGGAUCCUUCUGUUAGUCUGUGUACAAAGGAAACUGUAAACAUAUGAGCUGUCACAACUUUGAAGAGAGAUAAAAUGACAAGUAUGUUACUGUUACUCCAUCUAAGGUAUUCAGAGAUAUUCAACCACAAUGUGCACAAUAAAGACACAAAGCUGCCCUGCAGGUUGGAUCAUUUAACAGUUCUGCAGUGACAGCCUGUGAAUUGCUUUCUAGGAGGGACAAUCAUUUAGUAACUCUGGAUUUUGGUAACUCUGGAGCUGCGUGUUGUGAUAGUGAGAUUAGGAUUUGGAAGAUUUACAGCAAAAUAUCAGUACCUGGCUCAGCAUCUCAUCUGUGUUCCUGCUGAAGCAUACGUGUCAUGUGCUGUUCUGAUCAGGAAGCGUCAGGUAGCUUGUGAUGCAAAUCAGGACAAUCAGUACCUGCUCUUGGCUUUAUCUUGACUAAAUUUUUCUGAUAAGUUAUAUUUUUCACAUUUCUGUUAUAAGACCAAUCAGCAGAAUUACUGUGAUAGAUGUCUGUCCUGCAGUGUCUGUUUAAAGGGAAAUAUAACGUGUUUAUCUGAUCAUUUGUGGUCAUUUUUCAUCUCGUCUGUUCCUCUAGUCAUCCAGUUUGGGAUGGUGACUCUGUUCGUGGCCUCCUUCCCUUUGGCUCCACUCUUCGCACUUCUGAAUAACAUCAUCGAGAUUCGCCUUGAUGCCAAGAAGUUUGUCAUGGAGCUGCGCAGGCCGAUCGCGGCCAAAGCCAAAGACAUUGGUAGGUGUUCAGAGCCCCACUGAACUGAGAAAAAUAAAAAUGUUGGAGCAGUCUUUUACUUUCUGCUAUCCUUAUUCCUUCAAUGUUUUCUUCUAAACCAAACUUACCAGAGUGAAAAUUUGAGAAAGACAAUUAGCUCUGAUCAAAAUACUGUUCAAAGUGGUUUCACCUCACUGAAGGUAUAUCACUCUUCCUUUUGAAGAGAACAAACUUAAAAGAACAAACUUAUUUUUCCCACUCUUCAAAGUUGAUGUGAACAAAGUUAAAGAUUUGCUCUAAAACCUUUCACUGAAACAAACUCUAGACCUAGAGGUCAGACUACCCUGAGGUACCUCAGACAGAAAGUUUACUGUCUUUUACUUUAAAAUCACUUUUUUAAAUUGUUUCUUCUUUGCAUCUGAAUGUGAGAGGACCUCCUGUCUUUACAAUAGACAGGCAAACAUGAAUAUAGCGAGAAAGAACGGUACAAUACAAAUCUGCCUGUUCACGUAAAGACCACUGAAUGUAUAACUUUUUAAUCUAACCGUUGAGGCAGAUGGGACUGUGGAGUGUUUAUGAUAUCAAUAAUUGAUCUUAUUGAAGAUGAAGCCAUGAAUCAUUUCUCUUGGUCAGUUUACUGAUCAGUCACCAGCUAGGUCUAUCAGAUGGUGUCAGACUUGACACCUAACACAGAUGUUUUUCGUGAAAACCCUCUGAAUGUCCACUCUUGCAGCCCUCAAAGCCCACUUGUUUAGACAGCUGAGUCUGGUUUCUUAAAGUUCUUCCCUGAGCACCUACCUGUUAGAUUCCUGUGAUACCACAUGCAGCCCAGUGAAGUUUUUCUGCAUCUCUUACAGACUGUUUGUGCCACCUAGUGGUGGUCCAGGGUAGUUACUACUUUUGUUGCUCAUGCUGCUGUUUUCACCUUAAUGACUGUUCUCUGUUGGCAGGUAUCUGGUACAACCUCCUGAGGGGGCUCAGUAAAGUAGCAGUCAUCGUUAAUGUAAGUCCUGAAAGUCAGUGAACAUUUGUCCUCACAGAAACAUACUGGGACUGGUUAGAAAAAUGAUCUGACUAAUAACAGGAAAACAGGAUUAAAAUACUAGGUUUUAUCAGCGCCUGCCUCACGGUGAAAUUAUUUGCUUUGUCAGUUAAUAAACCACAGACAAGUCCUGGUUUGGCCUGAUGGUUUAAUGUAAAUUCCCUGUCCCACAGGCAUUUGUCAUCUCCUUCACCUCUGACUUCAUCCCCCGGCUGGUUUAUCAGUACAUGUACAGUCCUGACGGCACCAUGCACGGCUUCAUUGAUCACACGCUGUCCUAUUUUAACGUCAGUGACUUCCAGCCAGGCACAGAUCCUCUCCAGCCCAUGCACCUGGGCUACAAGGUGGAAGUCUGCAGGUAAGACGUCACCUGAUAUUUCAGUCUGGAGUAAACUAACACUGUGAAAAAUACAGUUUUUAAAACUGGCUGAUACAGUCCCCUCAAAUUUACAGAACCUAACUCACCUUGUAGCAGCGUGAUGUGAUAACUGAGGUUCAUAGCUUUCCUCAAUAUUAUUAUGUUCAUUAUUUAUGAUAUUGAAUAAGUCAUCAUUACUUUUAAUAUAAAUGUUGUAUAGAAAUAUUUUUAAAAAAGGGGUUAAAAUAAAACCGUAUAAAAGACACAGAAUUAAAAAAAAAAGCCCAAUAGUGACUCUUUCUACUGUAUAUUUGAGGGUUUGUAAUAGAAAACCUGGAAAUGUCAUGGCGUUUAAAAAGCAAUCAUUUCCAGGCUUUGAGAAUUUUGGGCCUUAAAAAAACAGAGUUUGGGGAAUUCAUGAACAUUGACUUCUACAAUACGUGACAGAAUAAAUGUGGUCACUUUAUACAAUUUCCUGCAUUUGUGUUCAUGUUGUAUCAACAAAACUAUUUUGUUUUUGUUUUUUUAUUUAGAUUCAUUUAACCAUGAAAGCCUCACUAAUAUUAAAAAAAUGUAUUUUAAAGAGUGACUUGGACAGGAUUAGCAGCAGCAUGCUCCAACAAAGUUAUAGAAAUAUCUCACGUAAUAUAGAUUAAUAAGUCAACAAAUGCUGGACCCUAGUGGAGAUACACAACAUAGAUUUUUACUUUUAUUUUCAUAAGUACUCAAAUGUUUCAAGGAUAGAAGUUAAUGAAAAUUUGCCGCAGAAAUACCACAGUGGCAUGUACAAAUUCAUCCAGUCUUUGUUUUUUAGACUUGAGGAAUAGGUAUUUUUUGACCGUUGUUAUGUUUCUGUCGGCAGGUAUAAGGACUACAGAGAGCCCCCAUGGUCCAGCACACCAUAUGAACUCUCAAAGGAGUUCUGGGCCAUUCUGGCUGCUCGCCUUGCAUUUGUCAUCGUCUUUCAGGUGAGGAGUCAAAGUUGAUAACAGACACACGUUCUUUAUACCUUUGUGUUAAUUACAAUAGGCAUGUCAGUGACUUCUUUGGUUCAUAUUUUCUACCAUGGUAGCAAACAAACAGGGAAACUCCGAGUCAUAUUUGAUGGAUUUGUGGACUAAAUAUGAGGCCAUCCAGCCAGUGCAGAUAUAAUGUAGUCAGUCAGUCAGAGGAGGAGCAGCUUGAAAGUUGCCUGUGGCUGUCUGCUUCUCCUCUAUUCACCUCUGUCAGUAACCUAAGGAGGUAUGAGCUCAUUGUUCAUUUCAGUAUAACCUCUGUCCAAGAGCACAACAGAACCUCAUGUUACCUCAUGUAGCCCAGAACUAACACUUGCUUUUUUUGGUUCAAUUAAAUUCAUUUAAAACUGUUGUGAUGUUAAAAAGUGGUGCGAGACAGAAGUACAUGUAUCAUUCAUCAUCAGUAUCUGUGUACAAGUAUUAUAGUUGUCAGGUUAUUUAUAUAUAUAUAUAUUUAUGUAUUUCAUGAUAGUUUUUUUUUUUUUUUUUUAGCAUAUAUCAGUAUAUUAAUCAAUUUAAUGAGACUACAACAGAACCAUCUAAAGAAGGGUCUGCUGAGGUUGUCCUAAUCGGACGUUUUUUCUCUGUGUGCACUGCAGAACGUGGUGAUGCUCAUGAGUGACUUCGUUGAUUGGCUGAUCCCGGACAUCCCCAAGGACAUCAGCCUCCAGAUUCACAAGGAGAAGAUCCUCAUGGUGGAGCUCUUUAUGAAAGAGGAGCAAGGCAAAAGGCUGGCAGGACGGGAAAACCACAACCAGGACAACUACACCUCCCCUUCACCAGCCAAUCAGAGCCCACCGCAACCCCGCUCGCGGCCCAUAUCACAUGCAAACUGCUCCUAAACUGCUAGCUGCUGGGCUCUGAGAAAACAAGCACAAACAGCAACAAGCAAACACUACAUAUGUACACAAAAUGUAGAUAAGUUGACCAGCUGCUUUAACAAGCUGGCAAAGAUUCAGACAGCCUCUCUUUUAGUUUUCAGUACUCAGCAGAGCUUUGCUACUUUCACACGGUUUGGGAAUAUUUGCAUAAAUGACCCACUAGUAAAGAUCUUAACUUUGACAUGUUCAUGUUACAAUCCCCUCACCUCAGAGACUGUGUUUGUCUCUUUUUAAACCUUUACCAUUUUAGGCCAUUAACCAGAAGUCCGGCAGAUACUCAGACAAUACUCAUCAAAUUUAUGAUCACAACACUUUAUUUAUUGGAUGUAUCUGAAAGGAACAAGCCAUCACUUCAUACAACUGGGGGGAGUUAGUCAGGACGUCGGAGAAAACAGUGCCAAACCAUCAGGGAAACUAAUUUACGAGCAGUAAAUUCACAUCUGCCACCUUUCCCAUGAGACAUUCACCCAGGACGUCCUUGCGUCAAUCCGUCCAUGAAGUCCUGCUGAGAAGACAUCUCACAGAGUCAUCCUCCCUCCUGCCAUCCAGGGAGGGAUGGCAGGAGAAACUCAGAUAGGCCUUUUUGUUUUUUUGCACAAUGAUAUAAAAAAGCAGGAAAUUUUGAUGUACUUUUUUGAAUAUGCAACAUGGCCAGGCAUGUGCUGUGGUUGUUGGGAUCAAAAUCAAGGUUUUGGAUGACCUUCAGAGUCAAGCAAUGUAUUGAAUUUUACAAUUGUCUUUAUGAGCACAAUACUGCUGGUUGUCAUAAUUUGAACAUGAACAAACUGCCUAACAGUGCUCAGUGCCAUUAUUCCUGGAAGCACAGGUCACGUUUUUACUCUCUUUAAUGAACUGGAAUUCUUCAAACUGAAAAUAUCAGGAUUUACAACUUAAACAGGUCAUGAUGUCAUUCUGCGUCUCAUUGUACAGAGAUACUGAACUGUAGAUUCCUGCUUUAAAUCCUCUUCACACCAGUUAAUAUAUGAAGACUUCACCUUUUCCCCACAUGGAGUCAUUUUGUACUGUGUCUUCAAGCUGUUUCAACUCAUUUUUGGCCACUUUGCGCUAAAGAGCUAAACACGACAUGAACUCAAGUCAGCUGCAUUUUUAACUGUUACAGUGAAAGUGAACAAGUACUUACACAUCCAACAUAGAGGAACAUUAAGAAUGACUCUCAGUGUGGUAACUAGCAAACUCAUUUUUCUUUGGUUCUUUGUGCCAAUUAAUGACUAACAUGAGAUACUGAGAUGCUAUGAGGUUUUUGGUUAAAACAUGAGGCUGCAAGACACCAAGGUGAUUAUCAGUUUCAUUCUGUUAACCGCUUGGUUAGCUGGCUUUAACGUGCUGAUGUUUCUCUCUGUGGACUGGGUGUGUUUUCAUUUUUUCAGAUGUAGGUUUUGUGGCUUUAGUGUUCUCAUGCUGCCCCUCAUCGCAGCUAUAAACCAGACGCAGGUUUGAAUAGUUGUAAAUUAAUAAAUAAAUAAGCUCUCCAUUUUCAGUGAGGGCCAUGACGUCACUCUCCUCUCUCCUCCGAAGUGAGACACAGUGCAGUAAACUGAUGGCACCUUACAGGUGAGCUUUCUUUGGAGCAAACUCCAAUAGCUUUUCACUGAAUUUAUAUUUAGUCAUGUUGAGACCAUGAAAGGGAAAUGUCAAGCUAGAAAUGCAUGACAUCUUGGCGAUAUAAUAGGAUUGUUUUGCUCUUACAGCAGCUCAUAAUGUGAGUUUGCUCCUUAGCACAGAAUCUGUAACCAUGAGACAUUUUACAUCUGUAUUUGAAUAUUUACUGUAAAGGCUGAGUCCUGGAAAUAGGGAUCCUGUUUAAAAGGACGUUGUAUUCAGAUUUUGCUCAAGUAUUUUGUAACACCAUAACUCUAAACUGCAGCACCAGAGCAUUGUUCAAGGGCACUUUGGUGGCAGUUGAGAGGCGACUUAAUAUUAACUCUGUUUACCUGCCUUGUAAUCUUUCAGCUGGUCCAGGGAUUCAAACCAACAUCUUUGUGGAAAAUAUCACUGGCUCAUUUGGGAUUUCCAUUUUUUUCAGUUUUCAUGUAGAGGUUGUCAAAGCAGAGGAGAAAGCACUAUUUUAAACAUUUUACAUUGCCUUAUAUUAACCACAUAUAUCAUCUGCAUUUUCUUAAAGCUGCAUUUCUUAAGCUACUGAAGCACAAAGACUGAACAAUACUUUAUUUUGUAUUUAUGAACCUGCAAAAACACAUGUGUGAGUGACUGGCUAUCACUUUGAGGAAUGUAAAUGUACCUUGGGCUGAAGUGUCCAGUCAUGAGUACAGUCUUCACUCAUCGGUGUGUACAAUCCCUCACCCUGCUGUAAAUAUGUCAGACUACCCCGAAUUAAAGCCCUCAACCCAGACUGAUGGAAUGUAUAACGAAAUUUUAAAUUCCAGUGAUUUUUCAUCUCUGUGGGUCACAUGUAUGAAUCUGUAUGUUAUUCUUCUUUUACGAUGCAUUUCUCAGUGUACGUGUGGUGUUGAGAGGGUUUUAUCAGCACACAGGGGACCACUGAGCAGUCGAUGAUUUCUGAUGGUUUCUAAUUGUUAUUCAGUGUCAAUCAUCACUAGUCCCUCUUCGCUGUUAACUUGAGGAUGCCUGGGAAAACAUCUUUUUGAGAACAGCCUUUAAAGACAUUUUUAUCAUAUAGGACAUAACUUCUUUCUGGGAUAUGACUCACUCUUUUGGGCAAAAACUGCACAUUUUUAUCAAAUCUUAAUACUGUUACAGACGUAUAUGUGAGUAGAGUUAGUGUUGAUAUUCAGUGAUAGAUAAUAACAUGCUGCAGGGCUGCAGAGCCUGAUUUAGCUAUAGAUUAUCUUUUUGCCUCCGAUUCUCUGAUGUCACAUGUGAAGACCGUCCCUUGGUUGUUUCCAUGAGAUGUUCUUUUCCUGCUGUCUGAUUCCAUGUUGUACUGAGAGCAUCAAUAAAACACUGCAGGUUGUGACAUGCUUACAUCUAUUAAAGUGUAUGUCAAAGCACAUUUCACAACAUAUAUGUGUAUGCAUGUAUAAGCAAUUUGUCUGUCUCUGAUAUUUUGAGUCUUUUUUUUUUUGUUUGUUUAAACUGCAAAUAAAUUAGAGAUGAACUGCGUGGUCUGA